GUGGAGAAUAAAGAUAAGGGUGAUUAUGUAUGUGAUUGUGGAACAGAUAAGACAGCAGCAAAUGUGAACAUUGAGGCUCGCGAUAUCAAAGUCGUGAGGCCAAUGUAUGGCGUGGAGCUGUUUGCAGGAGAAACAGCACGCUUUGAAGUGGAAGUCUCAGAAGCUGAUGUUCAUUCCCAGUGGAAACUAAAGGGAGAAGUUCUGGCUCCUUCUUCUGAUUGCGAGAUGAUUGAGGAUGGUGCUAGGCACAUUCUGACCUUGUACAACUGCAAGAUUAACCAGACUGGCGAGGUCUCUUUCCAGGCUGCCAACGCCAAGUGUGCCGCCAACCUCAAAGUGAAAGAACUCCCGCUGACGUUCAUCACACCUCUCAGCGAUGUCAAAGUUUUUGAAAAGGAUGAGGCCAGAUUUGAGUGUGAAGUCUCACGGGAAGCCAAGACUUUCCGUUGGCUCAAGGGAACGCAGGAGAUCAAGGCUGACGAAAAGUUUGAAACGGUGGUAGAGGGUAACAGGCAUGCUCUCAUUAUCAAGUCUGCUGCAUACGACGAUGAGGCCAAGUACAACUUCGAAGCUGAAGACAAGAGAACCAGCGGCAAGCUGAUCAUCCAAGGCAUUCGCCUUGAGUUUGUCAAGCCCAUUAAAGACGUAACAGUGAAAGAGCGGGAGACCGCAGAAUUCAGCAUCGAGCUCUCACAUGACAACAUCCAGGUCACAUGGUACAAGAAUGACAUCCGCCUGCAUCCCAGCAAAGUGGUGCACAUGACAGAUGAGGGCAAAACCCAUUCACUUGCUUUCAAGGAGGUUUCCAUCGAUGACACGUCUUUCAUCAGGGUGGAAGCCAUGGGAAAAAGCUGCGAGGCCAAGCUCACCGUGCUGGAGGGCGAGCCAUAUUUCAUCAGCAAGCUGCAGGACUACACGGCAGUGGAGAAAGACGAGGUCACCCUGCAGUGUGAGAUCAGCAAAGCAAGCACACCCGUCAAGUGGUACAAAGAUGGCAAAGAAAUCACUCCAUCGAAGAACGUAGUUAUUAGGGCCGACGGGAAGAAGCGCAUCCUGACUGUGAAGAGAGCGCUGAAGAGUGACAUUGGCGAAUACACGUGCGACUGUGGUUCGGACAAGACGACGGCCAAGCUGAACAUUGAAGAGCGUGAUAUUAAGAUCUUACGUCCACUCUACAGCGUAGAGGUGACAGAAACUGAAUCGGCUCGCUUUGAAACCGAGAUAUCUGAAGAAGACGUACAUGGAAACUGGAAGCUGAAAGGGGAGCCGCUCCACCAGUCUCCUGACUGUGAAAUCAAAGAAGAGGGCAAUAAGCACAUCAUGAUCCUCUACAAUGUGCGCAUGGAUCAGGCCGGCCCUGUGGACUUCCAGGCCGCUAACGCCAAGUCAAGUGCUCAGCUCAGAGUUAAAGCUCGAGUGAUCGGGCUGCUCAGGCCCCUGCGAGAUGUCACCGUCACUGCUGGAGAGACGGCCACCUUCGACUGCGAGCUCUCCUACGAGGGGAUCCAAGUGGAGUGGUACCUCGGCGACACGAAGCUGGAGCCAAGUGACAGAGUUGUCACUCGUGCUGAAGGAAGGGUCCACACUUUCACUCUUAGAAAUGUCCAGCUGAAGGAAGCUGGAGAAGUGAAGCUCACAGCCAAGGAUUUCAAAAUCCAAGCAAACCUCUUCGUUAAAGAACCACCAGUUGAGUUUACCAAACCCCUUGAGGACCAGACCGUGGAGGAAGAAGCCACAGCAAUUCUCGAAUGUGAAGUCUCUCGAGAAAACGCAGAUGUCAGAUGGUUCAAAGAUGGCCAAGAAAUUCACAAAACUAAGAAGUAUGAAAUUGUGGCAGAGGGCCGAGUCAGGAGGCUCAUCAUCCAGGGCUGCACACUAGACGACUCCAGGACGUACACCUGUGACGCUAAGGACUUCAAGACUUCUGCUUUCCUCAACGUUGAGCCUCCCCAUGUUGAGUUCACCAAGCCUCUUACCGACCUGGAAGUCCGAGAGAAGGAGGUGGCCAGAUUUGAGUGUGAAGUCUCUCGUGAAAGUGCCAAGGUCCGAUGGUUUAAGGAUGGCAGUGAAAUCCGAAAGAGCAAAAAGUAUGAAAUCAUUUCCAAAGGCGUUCAGCGUAUCCUUGUCAUCCACAAGUCAGUCUUUGAUGAUGAAGCGGAGUACGAGUGCGACGCUAGGACUGCCAAGACCUCGGGCGUGCUUACAGUCAUUGAGGAAGAGGCUGUCUUUACCAAGAACCUCUCUAACGUGGAAGGAACCGAAACAGACAGCAUCAAGCUGAUCUGUGAAGUCUCCAAAGCCAGUGCUGAAGUCGUAUGGUACAAGGGCGACAAAGAGUUGCCUGAAGGUGGCCGGUUUGAGUAUGUGAGUGACGGCAGGAAGAGAAUUCUUGUGAUUCAAGAUCUUCGCAUUGAUGAUUCUGGGGAGUACAAUUGCCGCCUGCCAGCAUCUCGCACUUCAGGAACACUCAAAGUGAAUGAACUAGCCGCAGAGUUCAUUGCCAGACCACAGAACCAGGAGGUCUUAGAAGGUGACAAGGCAGAGUUUGUCUGCUCCGUCUCCAAAGAGGCCUUUGAGGUUAAGUGGUUCAAGGGAAGUGAGGAACUGGAAAUCGGGGACAAAUACAAUAUCAUCUCAGAUGGGAAGAGGAGAGUUCUUGUGGUGAAGAACUGCAAGCCAGGGGAUGAAGGCACUUUUGCCGCUUCCGUUGCUUCAUCACGAGCCACAGCAGAACUGACAGUGAUUGAAAAACUCAGGAUUAUCACUCCUAUCAAAGACAUGCACGCAAAGGAAGGACAAGAGAUUGUCUUCAACUGCGAGGUGAACACUGAAGGAGCCAAAGCCAAAUGGCUGAAAAGCGACGAGACCUUGUUUGAGAGUGCCAAGUACAUCAUUACUCAGAAAGACUUGGUCUACACGCUGAGAAUUCGCGAUGCCCAGAAUGAGGAUCAGGCCAACUACACGAUUGCUCUGUCCAACCACAGAGGAGAGCAUGUCAAGUGUUCUGCAGACUUAGUCGUCCAAGAGGAGGACCUCAGGAUCAUUGAACCUUUGGAAGAUAUUGAAACUCAGGAGAAGAAAACGGUUAGCUUCACUUGCAAAGUCAACCGUCCAAAUGUUACCCUGAAAUGGAUGAAGGGUGGCCAGGAGAUCGUAUUUGACAAGCGAGUCAUGUACAAGGCUGACAAAGUGAAACACACCCUGAUCGUCAGGGACUGCGGCCUAGCAGAUGAAGGAGAGUACACCGUCAUCGCCGGACAGGAUAAGUCCACAGCCGAGCUGAUCAUUACAGAGGCGCCUACCGACUUCACCGCUCACUUGCAGGACCAGACAGUCACAGAGUUUGACGAUGCUGUCUUCACGUGUCAGCUGUCCAAAGAAAAGGCCUCUGUCAAGUGGUACAAGAAUGGCAGAGAAAUACGUGAAGGUCCAAGGUACCAGUUUGACAAAGAUGGCAGCAUCUGCAGGCUGACAGUGAGGGAAUGUCGACCUGAUGAUGAGUGCGAGUAUUCUUGCGGAGUGGAGGACAGGAGGACCAGAGCCCGGCUCUUUGUUGAAGAAAUUCCUGUUGAGAUAAUCAGGCCGCCUCAGGAUGUCUUUGAAGCACCUGGGUGUGACGUGAUCUUUGAAUGUGAGCUGAACAAGGACAGAGUGGAAGUGAAGUGGCUGAGGAACAACAUGAUUAUUGUCCAGGGUGACAAAUACCAAAUGAUGAGUGAAGGCAAGGUGCACAGACUGCAGGUCUGCGAUAUCAAGCCUCGAGACCAAGGAGAAUACAAAAUAAUCGCCAAGGACAAAGACGCCAAGGCUAAGCUGGAGCUGGCAGCUGUGCCAACCAUUAAGACAACUGAUCAAAACCUUGUGACUGAUGCUGGAAAGCCAUUUGUGAUGACCGUUCCCUAUGACGCUUAUCCAAAGGCUGAAGCAGAGUGGCACUUUGGAGAUGUCAGUUUGCCAAGGCAGAACGUGGAUAUCCUACCAGACUACACUAGCUACAGGUUGUCUGAUCCUAAAAAAUCAGACAAGGGUCGCUAUAAAAUUGUAAUUCAGAACAAGCAUGGAAAGGCGGAGGCAUUCAUCAACCUGGACGUGAUUGAUGUUCCUGGACCCGUUCAGAACCUCAAUGUCAUUGACACUAGCGAUGGGGAGGUGAGCCUUGCCUGGGAGGACCCUGAAAGUGAUGGAGGCAGCAAGAUUAUUGCUUAUGUCAUUGAACGACGUGACAUCAAGCGCAAGAGCUGGAUCCUAGUGACCGAUCGUGCCGACUCCACUGAGUUCACAGUUUCUGGCCUCCAGAAGGGCGUGGAGUAUUUGUUCCGUGUCAGUGCCAGAAACAGAGUGGGACCUGGAGAACCUGUGGAAACCACUGAUCCUGUAGAGGCCAAGAAUAAGUUUGAUGUUCCUGAUCCUCCACUGAACGUCAUGGUUGGUAAUGUCAACAAAUUUGGUGCCACCGUCACAUGGGAGCCUCCUGAGUUUGAUGGUGGCUCUGAAAUCACUGCCUACAUUGUCGAGCUGCGUGACAGAACCUCAGUCAGAUGGGAAACGGCCACAGUGACCAAGCCAGAAGACCUAAGUGCUACAGUUAAUGAUGUUGUGGAGAACAAGGAAUACAUCUUCCGUGUGAGGGCUGAGAACAGAGCUGGAGUGGGCAAGCCAAGCGCAGCCACCAAUCCAGUGAAGAUUAUGGAUCCAAUUGACAAGCCAAGCCCACCUCUCAACUUUAACUACUCAAACCAGACCAGAUCCUCUGUGGAGCUCACCUGGGAGACACCACUGAGCGACGGAGGCAGUCAAAUCACAGGCUACAUCAUUGAACGAUGUGAGGAGGGAACUGAUAAAUGGCUGAGAUGCAACGCCAGACUUUGUCCCGAUCUUACAUACAAGGUCACUGGCCUUAAACACGGAGCGAAAUACCUCUACCGGGUUUCUGCAGAGAAUGCGGCGGGAGUUUCAGACCCAACAGAAGUACUGGGACCCCUGACAGCAGAUGACCCACAUGUGGCACCUACUUUGGACUUGAGCGCAUUCAAAGAUGGCCUUGAGGUCAUCGUUCCACAGCCUCUCAAGAUCCGAAUCCCAAUUACCGGCUAUCCUAUCCCAACGGCCAAGUGGUCUUUUGAAGGAAAAGAUCUGGAAGCUGGGGAACGAGUCAAGAUGGAUACCAAAGCUACAUACACUGAACUGAUCAUCACCCCAAGUGAGCGCCCAGACAAGGGUGUCUACACCAUACAGCUGGAAAACCCAGUGACGAGCGUCUCGGGAGAAAUCAACGUCAAUGUCAUCGCCGUCCCAAGUGCACCGAGAGACUUCAAAGUGGCUGAAAUAGGCAGAAACUCAGUCCACCUGAUGUGGGAAGCUCCAGAAAACGAUGGCGGCAGUCCUUUGACAGGAUAUCUGCUUGAGAAGCGAGAGGCCAACCGCAAGACCUGGGUGAAGGUGAUCGGCGGAGUGUAUGAUCAGGAAUUCACCGUCAUGGAUCUUGUCCAAGGAAAAGAGUAUCUGUUCAAGGUGUCGGCUUGCAACAAGUGUGGUGUAGGGGAGCCAGCACUCAUCGAUGACCCAGUUAACGUGUCUGUGCCAGCCACUGUACCAGAUCCUCCUGAAAAUGUCAAAUGGAGAGACAAAUCGGCAAGUGGCAUCUUCCUUACCUGGGACCCACCAAAAUACGAUGGAGGCUCUCGUGUCAAGAGCUACAUUGUGGAGAAGUGCCAGCGUGGCUCAGAUAAAUGGGAGUUGUGUGGAGAUCCAGUCCCAGAUACCAAGAUGGCAGUCACUGGCCUGAAGGAGGGCGAGUGGUACGCAUACCGAGUGAAAGCUGUCAACAGGCAGGGAGCCGGCCUGCCCAGCAAACCUACAGAUGAGAUUCAAGCUGUGGAUGCCAUUGAAUCUCCGGAGAUCAUGCUGGAUGUUAAGCUCCUUGCAGGUCUGACCGUUAAAGCAGGAACCAAAAUUGAAUUGCCUGCCAUGGUGAAAGGCAAACCAGAACCAAAGAUCACUUGGACAAAGGCAGACCUCGUCCUCAAGGCGGACGACAGAAUUAAGAUUGAGAGCAAGCCUGGCCAGUCCACUGUCACCAUUGCGGACACAAAGAGAGGAGACAGCGGCACCUACAUCAUCGAGGCGGUCAACUCCAGCGGGCGGGCAACUGCAACCGUUGACGUUAACAUUUUGGACAAACCCGGUCCUCCUGCUGCAUUCGACAUCACCGAUAUUACAAACGAGUCUUGCUUCCUGACAUGGAACCCUCCCAGAGAUGACGGCGGAUCCAAGGUGACAAACUACAUUGUUGAAAGGCGGGUAGCGGAGAGCGAGGUUUGGCACAAGUUGUCCUCUACCAUCAAGGAGACCACCUACAAGGCGGUUAACCUGACCCCUCUCAAGGAGUACAUUUUCAGGGUGUUUGCAGAAAACAUGUACGGCAUUGGAGAGCCCGCUCAACACACGCCCAUCGUGGCCAAGUACUCCUUUGAACCCCCUGGACCUCCUAUACGAGUGCAACCAUCAGACAUUGCCAAGGAUGCGGUGACCCUGUCUUGGCAGGAGCCUAAUGAGGAUGGUGGCAGCCCCAUCACUGGAUACUGGGUUGAAAGAUUUGAUCCUGAACUUGACAAAUGGAUUCGCUGUAACAAGGUUCCAGUGACAGACACAACAUACAGAGUGAAGGGUCUACCCACAAAGAAGAAGUGCAAGUUCCGUGUCCUGGCCGAGAACCUUGCUGGACCUGGAAAACCAAGUGACGAAACGGAUCAAAUUAUGAUUAAGGAUCCAAUUGAUCCACCAUGGCCUCCUGGCAAACCAACUGUAAAGGAUGUUGCAAAGACCUCUGCAUUCUUACAGUGGACCAAGCCUGAGCACGAUGGUGGUGCCAAAAUCGAGUCGUAUGUGAUUGAACUGCUGAAGAGUGGAACAGAAGAUUGGGUGCGGGUUGCAGAGGGUGUUCCUACAACUGAACACUUCCUGAAGGGACUCAUGGAGAAACAAGAAUACUCGUUCCGGGUUAGAGCGAUAAACAAGGCCGGGGAGAGCGAUCCCAGCGAUCCCAGUGACCCAGUGCUCUGCAAGGAGCGGCUGAACCCACCAUCACCUCCACGUUGGCUCGAGGUUAUAAACAUUACAAAGAACACAGCUGACCUGAAGUGGACACCACCGGAACGGGACGGAGGCUCCCCCAUUACCAACUAUAUUGUUGAGAAGAGGGAUGUCAGACGCAAGGGUUGGCAGGCUGUUGACACAACGGUGAAGGAGACCACCUAUACUGUGACACCUCUGUCCGAAGGCUCGCUGUAUGUCUUCCGUGUUGCAGCAGAAAAUGCUGUGGGUCAGAGUGAAUACUGUGAACUGGAAGACUCUGUUCUGGCCAAGGACACUUUCACAACCCCUGGGCCUCCUUACGCCUUGACGGUUGUCGAAGUAACAAAGAGACACGUGGAUCUGAAAUGGGAAGCUCCUAAGAAUGAUGGUGGUCGACCCAUUCAAAGGUAUGUCAUUGAGAAGAAAGAGAAGCUGGGAACACGCUGGGUCAAAGCUGGGAAGACUCCUGGACCCGAGUGCAAUUACCGAGUAACUGAUGUCAUUGAAGGCACAGAGGUGCAAUUCCAAGUCCGAGCUGAAAAUGAAGCUGGCGUUGGGCACCCAAGUGAACCCACAGACCUCCUUAACAUUGAGGACCCAACAAGUCCUCCAUCUCCUCCUUUGGAAUUACAUGUCACUGAUGCUAGCAGAGAUCAUAUUUCCAUUGCCUGGAAACCUCCAGAGAAAAAUGGUGGCAGUCCAAUUCUUGGCUACCAUAUUGAGCUUUGUGAAGCUGGCACAGAAAAAUGGAUGCGAAUUAACUCUCGGCCAGUGAAAGAUCUCAAAUAUAAGGCCGAAGAGGGCAUUAUUCCUGACAAAGAGUACAUUCUGAGAGUUAGGGCUGUCAAUGCAAUUGGUGUAAGUGAUCCAUCGGAAAUCUCAGAGAACGUUUUCGCUAAAGACCCAGACUGUAAUCCUUCAAUUGAACUUCAAACACAAGACAUUGUAGUCGUGGAAGGUGAGAAGUUGAGCCUUCCCAUUCCCUACCGAGCUGUUCCAACACCCAAGGUCUCUUGGCACAAAGAUGGCAAAGAGUUGAAGGCAGAUGACAGAGUAAAGCUCACUUCUGACCACAUUGCUGCCCACAUUGAGAUUGGCAACUGUGUUCACGCAGACGCCGGCCAUUAUGCCAUCACCUUGGAGAACAAGCUUGGAUCAACAACAGGAACAGUUAACGUUAAAGUCAUCGGGUUGCCUGGCCAAUGCAAAGAUAUCAAUGCAAGUGAAGUUACAAAGAGUUCAUGCAAGAUCUCUUGGGAGCCUCCAGAGAACGAUGGAGGAACACCAAUUUUACAUUAUGCACUGGAACGACGAGAAGCUGGACGCCGAACAUACACAACUGUGAUGUCUGGCGAGAACAAGCUGACUUGGCAAGUGAAGGAUCUCAUUCCAAAUGGUGAAUACUACUUCAGGGUGAAGGCCGUCAACAAGAUUGGUGGCGGAGAAUACAUCGAGCUGCGCAAUCCAGUUAUCGCUGAGGAUGCAAAACAACGACCUGAUCCUCCUGUUGAUGUUGAAACCCAUGACCCAACUUCACAGUCUGUUACUCUGACAUGGAAGCCACCCAUGUAUGACGGAGGUUCCAAGAUUAUGGGCUAUAUUCUAGAGAAGAUGGAGAAAGGAGGAGACAAGUUUGAGAGAUGCAAUGACUUCCUGGUGCCAGUUUUGUCCUACACAGUUAAAGGACUAGAAGAAGGCAAGCAGUACCAAUUCCGUGUACGGGCUGAAAAUGCUGCUGGCGUUAGUGAACCUUCUCAUGCUACACCACCCAUCAAGGCCCUAGACCCAAUUGAGCCACCUAAGGUCUUCCUGAGUGGCAGUCUGCAAUCUGGUCUAAAUGUGAGGCAAGGUGAGGAGAUCAUGGUAGAGGCUAUCAUUUCUGGAUCACCAUAUCCUUCUAUUAAAUGGAUGAAAGACAAUGAAGUAAUCAGACCUGAAGAAAUCAAGAAGAGAGUGUCCAAACCAGUUUCCAGAAAGAAGAAGGAUGAGCCUGAAGUGGAAGAACCAUUCCACCUGUCUCUCCCUGAACGCUUAACAGUUGACAACAGCCAGAGAGGAGUGUCUUGUGCCAUGGUGCGAGAUUCCAUCAGACCUGACCAUGGAGUGUUCAUGAUUAAAGUGGAAAAUGACCAUGGGGUCGCUUCUGCCACCUGUGAAGUCAAUGUGCUUGACAUCCCAGGACCGCCGGUUAACCUGGUGUUUGAGGAUGUAAGAAGUAACUCUGUGGUUUGCAAAUGGGAGCCACCUUUAGAUGACGGUGGUAGUGAGAUCCUGAACUACAUUGUGGAGAAGAAGGAUAACUCCAAAGCUGAAAUUGGAUGGGUUACGGUGACAUCAACACUACGGCAGUGCAAAUACUCUGUGACCAAACUCAUUGAGGGAAAAGAGUAUUUAUUCCGUGUGAUAGCUGAAAACAGAUUUGGUCCCGGACCACCUUGUGUGUCGAAGCCUCUUGUCGCCAAGAAUCCAUUUGAUCCACCUGAGGCUCCUGACAAGCCAGAAAUUGCAGAUGUAACGAGCAACACCAUGCUGGUCAAAUGGAAUGAACCCAAAGAUAAUGGCAGCCCUAUUCUGGGUUACUGGCUUGAAAAACGUGAGGUCAACAGCACUCACUGGGCCCGAGUUAACAGGAAUCUUCUGAAUGUUUUGGAGCUUCAGGCUGAUGGCCUUCUGGAAGGCCUUGUCUAUAUCUUCAGGGUCUGCGCUGAGAAUGCUGCUGGACCUGGGAAAUUCAGCCCUCCAUCUGACCCCAUGGCAGCUCAUGAUCCAAUAAGUCCGCCAGGUCCUCCUGUUGUUAGAAUUGACGAUACAACAGACACAUCAAUCGAUGUAGCCUGGGAUCCACCAAUUUACAAUGGAGGUGGAGAAAUCACUGGAUACAAUGUGGAUAAAGCAUUGGCAGGGAAAAACGACUGGUCCCGCUGCACAGAUCGGCCAAUCAAGGCUUGCAAGCUAACAGUUAAGGGAGUAAGGGAAGAUGCAGACUACAGGAUCCGUGUGACAGCUUUGAAUUCUGCAGGAGAAGGAGCACCUGGAAUGUCCGAAGUGGUAACUGUCAGGAAUCCUCAAGAACUGCCAACCGUGGAACUUGAUGUUUCUGUGAAGAAUGGUGUUCAAAUCAGAGCUGGUGAGACAUUGAGAGUUCCUGCUAAAGUCACUGGAAGGCCAACACCAGAGAUUAAGUGGACCAUCGAGGAUCAGGACAUCGAUACAGAGAGAAUUAUUGUUGAAAAUGUGGGAACCUCGAGCACUCUUACCAUUAAAAAUGCCCUUCGUAAAGAUCACGGCAAAUUCACAGUCACUGCCACCAACAGCAGUGGAUCCAAGGCGGCCUCAACCAGAGUCGACAUUUUUGAUGUCCCUGGUCCCAUUCUUGACUUGAAGCCUGUUGUCAUCACAAGAAAGAUGAUUUUGUUGAACUGGUCUGAUCCUGAAGAUGAUGGUGGAAGUGAUCUUACUGGAUUCCUUAUUGAACGAAAGGAUGCCAAGAUGCACACAUGGAGACAACCAAUGGAGACAGUUUCAUCCAAAUGUGACAUUACGGGUAUACUUGAAGGCCAAGAGUACAUGAUUCGAAUUUUCGCCAAGAACAAAUUUGGCUGUGGUCCUCCUGUUGAACUUGGCCCAAUUCUGGCAGUGGAUCCACUCGGCCCACCAACCUCACCUGAGAAAUUCCACUACUUAGAAAGGACCAAGUCAUCCGUCACCCUUUCUUGGAGGCCUCCUCGUAAUGAUGGUGGUAGUCCCAUUAUUGGAUACAUUGUUGAGAAGAAACGACAAGACCAAGCAGAGUAUGACGUUGUUACCCCACAGAUGUGCAGGGGCACAACACUUUUGGUUGAAAACCUUCAGGAACUGCACAUGUAUGAGUUCCGUGUGAAAGCUGUUAAUGAGAUUGGACAAAGUGAGCCUUCAAUUCCACUGAUGGUGAUAGUACAAGACGAUGAAGAGCCUCCAGUUGUGAAGCUGCUGAAACACUUUAAGGCAGACACAGUUACUGUGAAGAAAGGAGAGCCCAUUGAAAUCCCUGCACAAAUUACAGGUCUGCCUUUGCCUAAGAUUGAGUGGUCCAAAGAUGAGGUUGUCAUCACCAAGCCACCAGAGACCAUGAAAAUCGACACCGAGGUGUUGGGCCGCACUGAAGCAUCCUCUAAGCUACGUUUUCCAGAAUCUAAUAGAGAAGACACAGGCUACUACACUAUUACUGCCUCCAACCGCCUUGGGACAUCAUCUCGUACAAUUAAAGCUGAGAUCUUAGACCGCCCAUCGCCACCAAGAAACCUCGUUGUUUCAGAAAUCAAGGCUGAAUCUUGCUAUCUCACAUUCGACGCUCCAGUGGAUAAUGGUGGAAGUGAGAUUACUAACUACAUCAUUGACAAGAGAGAUGCCAGCGUGAAGAAAUCAGAAUGGGAGGAAAUCUCAAACUGCAUUAUUGAGAGGAGACUUGGGGUAUGGAAGUUGAAUACCGGAGGAGAAUAUCAGUUCAGAGUUAGAGCCGAGAACAAAUAUGGAAUCAGCGACGACUGCUGCUCAGGAAAGGUGGUCAUCAAAGAUCCUUUCGGUCUUCCUGGACCACCAAGCAAACCAAUAGUUACUGAACACACAAACACAUCCAUGUUGGUGACCUGGGAGCCACCUUUGGACAACGGCGGAGCCACAAUUACAGGAUACUGGCUGGAGAAGAGAGAAGUGGGUGGCGUGUACUGGGCACGGGUCAACAGAGGCCCAGUUACUAAACCUGCAGUUAAAGGCCUGGAAUAUAAUGUCCUCCGACUCAUCGAAGGAGUGGAAUACCAGUUCAGGGUGAUGGCGACCAAUAUUGUUGGUACUGGACCUCCAAGUGAACCCUCAGAUCCAGUUCUGGCUGCAGAUCCCAUCUAUCCACCUGGAGCUCCAACUGGCCUUGAUGUAACAGACAAAACCAAAAAUAGUGUUUCACUGGGCUGGAAAGCACCAGACAAAGAUGGCGGCAGUCCAAUAAAAGGGUACAUCAUUGAAAUGCAGCCUGAGGGCACAUCGGACUGGACACGAGCUAAUGACCCCGAGAAGCUACAUCCUACCUGUGCUUUCACCGUACCAAACUUGCCAGAGCUCAAGAAAUACAGAUUUAGAGUUAAAGCUGUGAACGCUGCUGGGGAGUCUGAACCGAGCCAAAUAACAGGAGAAAUAAUCGUCAAAGAAAUCCAAGAGGAGCCAGACAUCACCAUAGAUGUGAAUGCACAAGAGCUACUGGGAUGUCGUGCAGGAACCAACAUCAGAAUACCAGCCACCAUCACUGGACGUCCGGUGCCAAAGGUCACCUGGGAGUACGAAGGAGACGCACCCAAACAGCUCAAGGAUGGUCUUUACGACAUCCCUGUGGAUUGCCAGGUGCAAGCAACAGAGAAAACGUCAACGGUGCUUAUUCCAUUGUGUAAGCGAAUGCACUCAGGUAGAUACAGCAUCACAGCUAAGAAUAAGGCCGGGCAGAAGACUGUCAACGUGCGCGUUACAAUUCUUGAUGUGCCAGGGCCACCUAAGGACCUCAAAGUAAGUGACAUUACCAGGAGCACAUGCAGACUGACCUGGAAGAUUCCAGACAAUGAUGGCGGCGACAGAAUUAAGAGCUACUUUAUUGAGAAGAAAACAGUUGAAGGCAAGGCCUGGACCAAAGUGAAUCCGGCAUGUGGAAGCAACUCUUUUGUUGUGCCAGAUCUUAUCGAAGGCCAAGAGUACUUCUUCCGUGUCCGGGCAGAAAACCGCUUUGGCACAGGUCCACCAGUUGACACCGUUCAGAGGACCAGGGCAAGAGACCCUAUUCAUCCACCUGAGCCUCCUACGAGACUGAAGAUUAAUCUCAUAACAAAGAACACUGUGACACUCUCUUGGAGACCACCCAAGAAUGAUGGAGGAGCUCCUGUGACACAUUACAUUGUGGAACGACUCCGUUGGGUCCCAGAAGGAGCAGAGAAGGAGACGUGGAAGAAGUGCAAUAAGAGAGACGUGGAGGAGACGACCUUUAAGGUUGAGGAUCUUAUCGAAGGAGGAGAGUAUGAGUUCCGCGUGAAGGCUGUAAACGAGGCUGGAACAAGCAGGCCUUCCACGACAGUUGGCCCUGUCAUUAUUAAGGAUCAGACAUGUGCACCUGCAAUUGAGCUGAAGGAGUUCAUGGAAGUCGCAGCGGGAACUGAUGUCAGCAUUGUUGCAAAGAUCAAGGGCUGCCCCUUCCCAACUCUUACUUGGCAGAAAGCGCCACCCCUUAAGGCCGAUGACAAAACCGAUGUCAAGUAUGAUCAGCACAUCAAUAAGCUUGUAAGCGAGGACAAGUGCACCUUGUUGAUCCAGCAGUCCAACCGCAAGGACUCAGCUCUGUACACUUUAACGGCCACAAACGAGCUGGGAACGGCUUCAAAGGAAAUGCGACUCAACGUUCUUGGUCGCCCUGGGCCUCCAGUUGGACCCGUUAAGUUUGAAAGCAUCACUGCUGAAAUGAUGACAAUAUCCUGGUUGCCACCUAAGGAUGAUGGUGGCUCAAAGAUCACCAAUUAUGUCAUUGAGAAACGUGAAGCAAACAGAAAGACAUGGGUGCAUGUCACAAAUGAGGCGGUGGAGUGCACAUACACAGUGCCCAAACUGUUGGAGGAUCAUGAAUAUGUGUUCCGCAUCAUGGCUCAAAACGCCUACGGCAUCGGAGACCCUCUUGACAGUGAACCUGAAAGAGCCAGGAAUCUUUACACUGUUCCUGGUCAAUGUGACAAACCAACUAUCACCAGUGUGACUCAUGACGCGAUGACAGUGAACUGGGAGGAACCAGAAUAUGACGGUGGCUCUCCAGUAACUGGCUACUGGCUGGAACGCAAAGAGACAACUGCAAAGAGAUGGAACAGAGUCAACCGGGACCCUAUCAGGAUUAUGCCCCUGGGAGUCUCCCACCAUGUAACUGGCCUCAUUGAAGGUUCUGAGUACCAGUUCCGUGUCAUUGCCAUUAAUGCUGCUGGCUGCGGCCCACCAAGUUUGCCAUCUGAUCCAGUUUUUGCCAGAGAUCCAAUCUCACCACCUGGCCCUCCAAGACCAAAGGUUACAGACUGGACAAAAUCCACUGCGGACCUUGAAUGGUCUCCACCUCUGAAGGAUGGAGGAUCUAAGAUUAUUGGUUACUUUGUUGAGUUUAAGGAAGAGGGCAAAGAGGAAUGGGAGAAAGCCAAAGACAAGGAAGUCAGAGGAACCAAGCUGGUGGUCUCAGGACUGAAAGAGAACAGCCUGUACAGGUUCAGAGUCAGAGCGGUGAAUGCAGCCGGAGUUGGGGAGCCUGGAGAUGUUACAGAUGCUAUUGAAAUGAAGGACAGAACUGUCCUCCCAGAAAUUGAUUUGGAUGCAAGUGUUAAGGAAAGGAUUGUUGUCCAUGCUGGAGGGGUGAUUCGUAUACUGGCUUAUGUAUCUGGAAAGCCUCCUCCUCAAAUCACGUGGAGUAGAGAUGAUGGCUCGUUACCAGCAGAAGCUACCAUUGAAACCACAGCUAUUAGCUCUUCUGUUGUAAUCAAGAAGUGCCAGCGACAGCACCAAGGCAUUUAUAUGCUUACUGCCAAAAAUGAAGGUGGAGAGAGGAAAAGGGCGAUUAUCGUUGAUGUAUUAGAUGUUCCUGGUCCAGUUGGAGUGCCAUUCCUCAGUGAAAACCUUACAAAUGACUCAUGCAAGUUGACGUGGUUUUCACCAGAAGAUGACGGUGGCUCUACUGUCACCAAUUAUAUUAUUGAGAAACGGGAGGCGGAGCGCAAAGGCUGGACAGCUGUGACUUACACGGUGACCCGACAGAGCGCCGUGGUUCAGAAUCUGAUUGAAGGAAAAUCCUAUUUCUUCAGGAUCGCUGCAGAAAAUAUCAUUGGAAUGGGUCCAUUUGUGGAAACUAUGCGAGAACUUAUGAUCAAGGAUCCAGUCUCUGUGCCUGAGCGCCCAGAAGAUCUCCAAGUGACUGCCGUUACCAAAGACUCUGUAAGCCUAAGCUGGAGGCCUCCUAAGUAUAAUGGUGGCUCAGACAUCACCAUGUACAUACUUGAGAGCCGCCUGAUCGGCAAAGACAAAUAUAACAGAGUGACCAAAGAAAAGCUGAUGGACAGAAAAUACACCAAUGACGGUCUGAAGGAAGGUGACACAUACGAGUACCGUGUCAGUGCGGUAAACAUUGUGGGGCAAGGAAAGCCAUCAUUCCCUACAAAGCCAAUCACAUGCAAAGAUGAGAUUGAGCCUCCAAAUAUUGAGCUCAACUUCCGUGAUAAGGUGACCGUAAGAAUUGGGGAAACAUUCAGCUUGCAGGGACGCUACAGUGGCAAACCUGCCCCUAAGGUUAUCUGGUCUAUGGACAACAUCGACCUGAAAGAAGAUGAGCAUGUGAAGAUUAGGACUACCCACAAUACCUUGUGCCUCGGCGUGCUUAAGGCCAAACGGGAGCACAGUGGGAAGUACUGCGUACUGGUGGAAAACAGCACAGGCUCCCGCAAAGGCUUCUGCAACGUCAUGGUUGUAGACCGACCUCAGCCUCCUCAAGGUCCUGUCAUCUUUAAUGAGAUUCAUAAAGACCACAUGGUUAUUUCUUGGAAGCCUCCUCUGGAUGAUGGUGGAAGUCCAAUUACUAACUACAUUAUUGAGAAGAGAGACACAAACAGAGAUCUGUGGAUGCCCGUAACAUCUGCAUCUUCAAAGACAACAUGCAAAGUGCCCAAACUCAUUGAAGGCAGGGAGUACAUCAUGAGAAUCUGUGCUGAAAACACGUAUGGUAUCAGUGACCCACUGUUUUCAGAUGAAGUGAAGGCUAAGGAUCUCUUCAGAGUGCCAGAGGCCCCAGAGCAGCCAACUGUAAAGGAAGUUACAAAAGAUUCUGCUCUUGUGCUAUGGAACAGACCCCGUGAUGGUGGUAAGCCCAUCACCAACUACAUAGUGGAGAAGAAGGAGACCAUGUCAAACCGCUGGUCCCGCGCCUCCAUGGAGCCUAUAUACCCAGACACACAGUACAGAGUUCACGAUCUUCUGGAAGGAUGUGAAUAUGAAUUCAGAGUUAUGGCAGAAAAUGAAGUUGGUGUUGGAGACCCCAGCCCACCAUCUAAGCCUAUCUUUGCCAAAGAUCCAAUUGUCAAGCCUGGUCCUCCUGUCAAUCCCGAAGCAGUUGACAAAACCAAGAGUUCAGUCGAUCUGUCCUGGCAACCUCCUCGUCAUGAUGGAAAGGGCAAGAUCCUUGGCUAUUUGGUUGAGUACCAGAAGCCUGGAGAUGAAGAAUGGACAAAGGCCAACCAUACACCUGAUGGUUGCCCUGACACAAAAUUCAGAGUGCUUGGUCUCACUGAAGGCACAAUUUACAAAUUCAGGAUCAUGGCAGUUAAUGCAGCUGGGGAAUCGGAUCCAGCUUUUGUCCGAGACCCAGUGGAAGUCAAAGAUAGACUUGAACCUCCUGAGCUAAUGCUUGAUGCUAAUAUGGCACGCGAACAUCACGUCAAGGCAGGUGGCACCAUUAGACUCAGUGCCGGAAUUAAGGGUAUGCCAUUCCCAAAAGUUACCUGGAAAAAGGAAGACAAAGAGGUUUCCACUAAGGCCGAUAUUGAGGUCACACCUGUUGGAAGCAAACUUGAGGUGCGCAACUCUGUCCGUGCUGAUGGCGGUUGUUACUCCUUGACGGUUGAAAAUGAAAUGGGAUCCAAGACUGUCUCUGUCAACGUAUUCGUAUUAGACAAACCUGGGCCACCAAGGAAUCUUGCAAUCAGUGAGGUCAGGAGGGAUUCCUGCUACUUGACUUGGAAAGAGCCAGAGGACAAUGGUGGAGCUGUCAUUUCUAACUAUAUUGUUGAAAAACGAGAUGUGGCAGCUGCACGCUGGAUACCAAUGUCCUCCUCCUCUAAGAAACAGAGUAUUAUGGCAAAGCACCUAAUGGAAGGCAACCAGUAUCUCUUCAGAGUGGCCGCUGAAAACCAGUUUGGCAGAAGUGAAUAUGUUGAGACAACGAAGCCUAUCAAAGCCAUCGAUCCACUAUACCCACCUGGACCACCAAAGAACUUGCAUCCUGUGGAUGUUGAUAAAACUGAAGUAUCUUUACUGUGGAACUGGCCUGAUCGCACUGGUGGCAGUGAUAUCACAGGAUUUUUAGUUGAGUAUCAGGAAGACGGAACCGAAGACUGGACCAAGUUUAAGACUGUCAGCAUCCCUGAAUGCAUUGUCACUGGACUGGUAGAUGGAAAGACCUACAAGUUCCGGGUGAAGGCUGAAAACGCUGUUGGACUCAGCCGACCUGACACAACUCUGCCAGUUCUGUGUCAAGAAAAACUUGUGCCACCUUCCAUUGAAGUUGAUGUGAAACUGAUUGAGGGACUCAUUGUUAAAGCUGGAAGCACAAUUAGACUUCCUGCAAUCAUGAGAGGAAUCCCAGUUCCCACACCCAAAUGGGUGAUUGACGGCACUGAAAUCAAAACUGAAGGCAACACUAAGAUCGACACUGAUAACUUCUCAACUGUUCUGAACAUUAAAGAAUGCACACGAAAAGACACGGGUGAAUACCUGCUUACCGUGUCCAACAUUGCUGGAAGUAAGACUGCAGCUUUGCAUGUGAUUGUUUUGGAUGUCCCAGGACCUCCAAUUGGCCCCAUUAAUAUUUUGGAAGUAACUCCAGACCACAUGGUGAUCAGCUGGCGCCCACCAAAGGACGAUGGCGGAAGUCCAGUAAUGAAUUACAUUGUGGAGAAGAAAGAAGCCAAGAAGGAAACUUGGGGUGUUGUAAGUUCUGGUAGCACCAGCACAAAGGUCAAGAUCCCACGCCUGCAGAAGGGUUGUGAAUAUGUAAUGCGUGUCCGUGCCGAGAACAAGAUUGGCAUUGGUGAACCACUAGAGUCACAGCCAACCGUUGCCAAGCACAUGUUCGAUGUACCAGGCCCACCUGGUAAACCAGUCGCUUCUGACAUAACAGAAAAUGCAGUCACAGUUGGCUGGGGCAUGCCAAAAACUGAUGGAGGAAGCCCAAUCAGCGGCUACAUUGUGGAGCGCAGAGAACUAUCAGGCAAGUGGAUACGUGUGAAUAAGACUCCUGUUCUUGAUCUCCGAUACAGAGCUCCUGGACUUUUUGAAGGCAACACAUAUGAAUUCAGAAUCUUUGCUGAAAACAUUGCUGGCAUCAGUAAGCCUUCUCCAUCCUCUGAUCCUAUCAGGGCAAUACGUCCCAUUAUGCCUCCCGGGCCUCCCGUCAAUCCUAAACUCAAGGACUGGAGUAAAGAAUGGGCCGAUUUAGUCUGGACCAAACCUACCAGAGAUGGAGGCAGUCCCAUCUUAGGUUACAUUGUUGAAUGCCAAAAAGCGGGCAGUGCCCAGUGGAACAGAAUGAAUAAAGACGACUUAAUCAAGCAGUGUGCAUUCAGAGCUCCAGGACUCAUUGAAGGCACGGAAUACAGGUUCCGUAUUAAGGCAGCUAAUGUGAUAGGAGAAGGAGAACCUAGAGAACUUCCUGAAUCUGUUAUUGCAAAGGACAUUCUUCAGCCUCCUGAAAUCAACCUUGAUGUCUCCUGUCGUGACCUGCUAACUGUUAGAGUUGGGCAGACAAUUGGCAUAACAGCUCGUGUGAAGGGUAGACCAUACCCCGAUAUCACUUGGUCCAAAGAAGGUAAACUUCUAGCUAGAGACAAGCGUACAGAAAUGAGAAAUGACUAUCCAGUGAUCGAACUGUCCCUUAAAGAAGCUACCAGAGCAGACCAUGGCAAAUACACAGUGUUGGCUAAGAACAGCAGUGGUCAGGCCCAAGCUUCUAUUGUGGUGAAUGUACUAGAUAGGCCUGGACAGUGCCAGAAUCUGAAGACUACAUAUGUCACCAAGGACUCCUGUGUAGUUUCCUGGGAAAACCCAGAAGACAAUGGAGGCAGCGAGAUCACUAACUACAUCGUAGAAUGUCGGGAGCCUAGCCAGCGAGGAUGGUCAGUAAUUUCAUCAGAUGUUACAAAACGCCUAGUCAAAGCUUCUCUCAUUGAGAACCAUGAGUACUUUUUCCGUGUUUGUGCUGAAAAUAAGGUCGGACCAGGCCCAACUAUUGAGACUAAGACACCAGUGUUGGCCAUUGACCCUGUUGAGAAGCCUGGUGAGCCAGAAAAUCUUCACAUUGCUGACGUCGGCAAAACAUUUGUUCUUCUGAAGUGGCGCAAGCCAGAUUAUGAUGGUGGUAGUCCAAACCUCUCCUACCAUGUAGAAAGGAAGCUAAAAGACUCAGAAGAAUGGGAACGGGUCCAUAAAGGCAGCAUCAAGGAGACACACUUUAUGAUUGACAAAUGCAUAGAAAACCAGAUUUAUCAGUUUAGAGUGCAGACCAAAAAUGAAGGUGGAGAAAGUAACUGGGUGAAAACAAGCGAAACAGUCGUCAAACAGGAGCUGCAGAAGCCUGUUCUGGACGUGAAGUUGAGUGGAACAUUAGUUGUGAAAGCAGGAGACUCGAUAAGAAUCGAAGCAGGUCUUAGAGGUAAACCCGACCCAGAAGUUACAUGGGUAAAGGAUAAAGAUCCGGAACUAAGCAAGAGUCCUAGACUUAGCAUUGAAACAACCAGCGAAUAUUCAAAAUUCCUUCUGACAAAAUCCAAGCGUAGUGACAGUGGAAAAUAUGUCAUAACAGCUACCAACUCAGCUGGCAACUUUAUUGCUUAUGCUAUGGUGAAUGUUCUGGAUAAACCAGGAGCAGUUAGAGACUUGAGGGUCACUGGAAUUUCCUAUGACAGAUGUAAGGUUAUGUGGGACCCUCCUGAAGAUGAUGGUGGCUGUGAAAUCCAGAACUACAUCUUGGAAAAAUGUGAGACCAAGAGAAUGGUAUGGUCCACAUAUUCAGCUUCAGUUUUAACCAACUAUGCACAUGUCACUCGCCUUGUGGAAGGAAAUGAGUACAUCUUCCGGGUCAGAGCUGAAAACAAAAUGGGAACUGGCCCACCAACUGAGAGCAAGCCCAUUAUUGCCAAGACUCAGUUUGACAGGCCUGGGCCUCCAGAUACUCCUGAGGUAACGAAGAUUGGCAAAGAAGAAAUGACAGUUGUAUGGGCUCCCCCUGAGAACGAUGGUGGCAAGUCCAUCACGGGAUACAUCCUUGAGAAGAAAGAGAAGCGAGGAGUCAGAUGGGUGGCAGUUACAAAGAGUCCAAUCAGCGAGAGGCGGAUGAGAGUCACUAACCUGAUCCCUGGACAUGAGUAUCAGUUCCGUGUCAAGGCUGAAAAUGAAGUUGGCCUUGGAGAACCAAGUGGUCCUUCAAGACCCAUCACUGCAAAAGAUCCAAUAGAACCUCCUGGUCCUCCAAGCGGCUUGAAGGUAGUCGAUAGCACAAAGACCUCCAUCACACUUGGCUGGUCUAAACCAGUAUAUGACGGUGGUGCUCCAGUGAUUGGCUAUGUGGUAGAGAUGAGGCCCAAGGGACCAAGCGAUAAGCCAGAUGAAGGAUGGAAGAGAUGCAAUGUCGCUGCACAGCUGGUCCUCACUGAAUUCACUGCCACCAGCUUGAAUGAGAAGGAAGAGUACGAGUUCAGAGUUUCUGCACAGAACCAAGUUGGCUUGGGCCGACCCGCUCAGCUGAAGGAAGCCGUGUUUCCCAAAGAGAUUCUCGAGGCACCUGAAAUUGACCUGGACGCUAGUCUCAGGAAGGUCCUUACAGUUAGAGCUGGAUGUCCCAUUAGACUGUUUGCCACCAUCCGAGGAAGACCCUCACCCAAAGUCACUUGGAGGAGAAUGGGCAUUGACAAUGUCGUCAGAAGAGGACAAGUGGAUCUGAUUGACACCAUGACAUUCCUUGUCAUCCCAGAGAGCACACGCGAUGACUCUGGAAAAUACUCUCUGACACUUACCAGCCCAGCAGGAGAGAAAGCCGUCUUUGUUAAUGUUAAAGUUCUCGACACACCAGGGCCCGUGGCUGAUUUAGCAGUGACUGACAUAACAAAGAUGUCCUGCCAGAUCUCCUGGGCUCCCCCUGAGAACGAUGGUGGAAGUGCUGUGACGCACUACAUCCUUGAAAAGCGUGAAGUGGACAGGAAGACUUGGGCCACUGUCGUCUCUGACUGGAAGAAAACGAGCUUCAAAGUGGCCAACUUGGUGCCUGGCACGGAGUACUACUUCAGAGUUACAGCCGUAAACGAGUAUGGCUCUGGCGUUCCCAGAGACACCGGAAAGGCAUACCUUGCAACAGAUCCCAUCAGUGAACCCGAUCCUCCAAAGAAAGUGGACGUCAUCGACAUCACAAAGAACAGUGCCACUUUGGCAUGGGUCAAACCUCUGCGCGACGGAGGCUCGAAAAUUGACGGCUAUGUCAUUGAUUACAUUGAGGAGGGCCAGCCCGAAGACAAGUGGACUCCAUAUUCGGUAGUAAAAGACCUGAGUAUUGUGGUUGUGGGCCUAAAAGAAGGAAAGAAAUACAAAUUCCGAGUCGCGGCAAGAAAUGCAGUGGGCAGCAGCCUACCCCGAGAAGCCGAAGGAGCUUUCGAAAUCAAAGAGCAACUGAUGACUCCUAAGAUUAUCAUGCCAGAACACAUCAGCAUCAAAGCAGGACAGAAACUCCGAGUCGAAGCUCACGUAUCUGGAAAGCCUGUGCCAACCUGCAAAUGGAAGAGAGGUGAAGAAGAGGUCAUGCCAUCCAGUCGCCUGGCAGUGCAUAAAUCCCAGAACUUAUGUGUUCUUAUUAUUAAGGAUGUCUCUAGAAAUGACAGUGGCUAUUACAGCCUGUCCGCUGAGAACAGUUGUGGCCAGGUGUCCCAGAUCAUCAAAGUGGUCGUUAUGGAUGUCCCUGGGCCUCCAGAACCUGCAUUUGAGAUCAGUGAGAUCGACGCAGACGCUUGCACGCUGUCUUGGCAUUUGCCACGUGAAGACGGUGGAAGUAACAUCACUAACUACGUGGUUGAAAAAUGCGAUAUCAGUCGAGGUGACUGGGUGACGGCUGUUGCCUCUGUCACAAAGACCAGCUGCAGAGUGGGCAAGCUGGUCCCUGGACAGGAGUACAUAUUCCGUGUCCGUGCAGAAAAUCGGUUUGGCAUUUCAGAUGCAAUCCAAUCUGACCGAAUGAUUGCCAAAUUCCCAUUUGAUGUGCCAAGCGAGCCCAAAAAUGCACGGGUCAAUAAGGUCAACAAAGACUGCAUUUUCGUGGCCUGGGAUAGACCAGACAAUGAUGGUGGCAGCCCAAUUACGGGAUAUUACAUUGAGCGCAAAGAGAGAAACAGCCUCCUGUGGGUCAAGGCCAAUGAUACCGUGGUACGCACGACUGAAUAUCCAUGUGCCGGACUUAUCGAAGGCCUUGAGUAUACCUUCAGGAUAUCCGCCUUGAACAGAGCUGGAUCAAGCAAGCCAAGCAAGCCGACAGAGUUUGUCACGGCCAGAAUGCCUGUUGAUCCUCCUGGCAAGCCUGAAGCCAUUGACAUAACAAAGAGUACGGUGUCCCUUGUAUGGACUCGACCAAAGCAUGAUGGAGGCAGCAAGAUCAUUGGCUACUACGUCGAAGCUUGUAAGCUUCCCGGAGAGAAAUGGAUACGCUGCAACACAAGCAGCCAAAGCGUCCCAACAGAGGAGUAUGUGGUCACUGGUCUAGAGGAAGGAGGCCAGUAUCAAUUCCGAAUCAUCGCCAAGACUGCAAUCAACAUGAGCCGACCUUCUGAACUCUCUGAUCCCAUCACUGUACAGGCAGAAAAUGUUCCACCAAAGAUCGAUCUUGGUGUGUCCAUGAAGUCUCUGAUUACAGUCAAGGCUGGAGCCAAUGUCUGCCUUGAAGCCAACGUAUUUGGCAAACCCAUGCCAAAGAUAACUUGGAAGAAGGACGGUGAAGUUGUGAAACCUGCUGAAGGUGUCAAGAUCACAACCAAGAGGAACCUGUGCCAUUUGGAAUUGUUCAGCGUGAUGAGGAAAGAAACUGGGGAGUACACAAUUCUUGCCGAAAAUGCAAGCGGAUCCAAAUCUGCCAACAUCAAACUGAAGGUCCUUGACAAACCUGGCCCUCCAGCUUCUAUCAAAAUAAGCAACAUCUACUCUGACCGUGUUAACCUCGCAUGGGAGCCACCACUCAGUGAUGGCGGUUCUGAAGUUACAAACUACAUUGUGGACAAGCGGGAGACCAGCAGACCUAACUGGGCCCAAGUCACUGCCAACCUCCAACUCACAAGCUGCUCUGUUGAGAAACUGAUUGAAGGACAUGAGUACCAGUUCCGCGUUAGUGCUGAAAACAAAUAUGGAGUUGGCGAUCCAAUCAUGACUGAUGUUGUUGUUGCCAAGAAUCCAUAUGAUGUUCCUGGACCUUGCGAUCCUCCUGUCAUUUCAAAUAUCACAAAAGACCACAUGACUGUCAGCUGGAAAGCUCCUGCAAAUGAUGGUGGCUCUCCUGUACUUGGCUAUAUGCUGGAGAAACGUGAGACAAAAGCAGUCAACUGGGGUAAGGUGAACAGAAAGCCUGUGCUUGAGAGGACAGUAAAAGCUACAGGACUGCAGGAAGGCACAGAAUACGAGUACAGAGUCAUUGCUCUGAACAAAGCUGGAGCUGGCAAACCCAGUGACCCAUCAAAGGCUGCUAUCGCCCUUGAUCCUCAGUAUCCCCCAGGCCCACCAGCUUUCCCGAAGGUGCUCGAUACAACUCACUCCUCUGUGAGUCUCACUUGGAGCAAACCAGCAUACGAUGGUGGUAGUCCCAUUUUAGGCUACCUGGUUGAGAUUAAACGAGCUGACGGAGUGGACUGGAUGAGGUGCAAUGUGCCAAAGAACCUGCAGGAAACACGCUAUACAAUUACUGGACUGGUUGACAAUACAGAAUACCAGUUCCGCGUGUCAGCAGUCAACAAGAUCGGUUACAGCGAGCCAAGUGAGGUUCCUGAGAAGCACAUGGCAAAGGAUAUACUGAUUGCACCUGAGGCUGAACUGGAUGCUGACCUGAGGAAAGGCCUUGUUCUCCGUGCUGGGGUAACUAUGAGGAUAUAUGUGCCAAUCAGAGGUCGUCCUGCUCCUAAGAUCACAUGGGCAAAGAUGAACUCCAAUAUAAGAGACCGACAAGGACUGGAAAUCAAGACAACACAGUACGACUCCCUUGUCUACUGUGAAAAUGUUAACAGAUACGAUGCUGGCAAAUACAUUUUGACUCUGGAGAACAGCAGCGGCAUGAAGACUUACACGAUAGUUGUCAAAGUUCUUGAUACUCCGGGACCACCGGUUAAUCUUAUAGUUAAAGAGACAUCCAAAGACUCUGCUGCUAUUUCCUGGGAUCCACCUCUCAUUGAUGGAGGCAGCCCUGUGAAGAGCUAUAUUGUUGAGAAACGAGAUGCUGAAAGAAAGGCUUGGGCAACGGUUUCCACUGACUGUCCCAAGACUUCUUUCAGAAUCCAGAAUCUGGAAGAAGGCAAAUCGUACUUCUUCCGUGUGCUGGCUGAAAAUGAAUAUGGCAUUGGUGAGCCAUGCGAAACCCGCGAUGCUGUCCGAGCAUCAGAACAACCUGGGCCAGUGAUAGACUUCAAACCUCUGGUGGCGACUAAGAACUCUUGCACUUUGUGCUGGAAGAAACCCAUCAGCGAUGGUGGAAGCCGCAUUAAAGCCUAUGUCCUUGAAACAAUGAUUGGUGAGGACAAGUGGAAGGAAAUUAUGAGAUCCAAGAACUUGCAGCACAGUAUCAAAGACCUGGAAGAAGGAAAGGAAUAUUCAUUCAGAGUGCGAGCCCAAAAUGAUGCAGGAUACAGCUCACCACGGGAGCUUAAUGUCAUUGCUAAGGAUGAUAUUGUGAUGCCAAACAUCGACUUAAGAGAGCUCCACGACUUGACGUACAUUGCCAAAGAAGGCAGCAGUUUCCGUCUGAAGCUGCCAAUCAGUGGCAAGCCUACUCCUUCUGUGACAUGGAAGAAAGGAGAAGACUUGGUACUCACAGACUCCGGAAGAGUAUCUGUGGAGUCCUCUGCUGUGAAUACCAUCCUUCUGGUCCAUGAUUGCCAAAAGACAGAUGCUGCAAAAUACACCAUCACCUUGAAGAAUGCUGCUGGAACCAAGGAGGCUACCGUCUUUAUGAAGGUUGUCGGGAAACCUGGAAUUCCUACUGGUCCCAUCAAGUUUGAUGAGGUUACAGCUGAUAGCAUGAUCUUAAAAUGGGGCCCACCAAAGGAUGAUGGUGGUUCAGAAAUAACCAAUUAUAUACUUGAGAAGAGGGAUUCCACUACCAACAAGUGGGUAACAUGUGCUUCAGCUGUGCAGAAGACAACCUUCCAUGUUACAAGACUGCAUGAAGGAACCGAGUAUGUCUUCAGAGUCAGUGCAGAAAACAAGUAUGGUGUUGGUGAAGGACUCAAAUCAGAAGGCAUCGUGGCUCAGCAUCCCUUCAAUGUUCCCGAUGCUCCAGCGCCACCACAGAUUGUCUCCGUAAGACACGAGUCUGUAGGUUUGUGCUGGACAGAUCCAAGGAAGACCGGAGGUUCUCCAAUUACAGGUUACCAUGUUGAAUACAAGGAAAGGAACAGUCUUCUGUGGAAGAGGGCAUCAAAGACACCCCUGAGAAUGAAGGAUUACAGAGUUGGAGGUUUGACUGAAGGUCUCGAGUAUGAAUUCCGAGUGAUGGCCAUUAACUUGGCUGGAGUAGGCAAACCCAGCUUGCCUUCUGAGCCAGUUAUUGCCCUUGACCCAAUUGACCCUCCCGGCAAACCCGAUCCAAUUAGCGUCACUCGCAGCAGCGUCACUCUUAUCUGGACAGAGCCCAAGUAUGAUGGCGGUCACAAGCUCACAGGUUAUAUUGUGGAGAAGCGAGACUUGCCUGCCAAAUCCUGGAUGAAAGCAAACCACGUGAAUGUUCAAGAUUGUGCCUUCACAGUGACAGAUUUGACUGAAGGAUGCAAAUAUGAGUUCAGAAUCCGAGCCAAGAAUGCAGCAGGAGCUAUUAGUCCACCAUCUGAACAGACAGACACAAUUGUGGCCAAAGAUGAGUACGAGGCACCAACAAUUGUCAUUGAUCCAACAUUGAAGGAAGGACUGAUGGUGAAAGCAGGUGACACAAUUGUUGUAACUGCAACAAGCAUCCUUGGAAAGCCUCCACCAACAUCAGUGUGGUCUAAAGCUGGAAAGGACUUUAAGCCUUCGGACAUUGUCACCAUUGAAUCAACUCCAACCUCCUCAACGCUGUCGGUCAAGUAUGCAAGCCGAAAGGACUCUGGAGAAUACACCAUCAGUGCAAGCAAUCCAUUUGGCACAAAAGAAGAGCACGUGAAGGUGAAAGUGCUAGAUGUACCAGGCCCUCCUGGUCCAAUUGAAUCCAGCAACGUCUCCGCUGAAAAGGUGACCCUGACAUGGACACCACCUCGUGAGGAUGGCGGUUCUCCCAUCAAGUCUUAUAUACUAGAAAAGCGAGAAACCAGUCGUCUGCUUUGGACACUGCUUGCGGAAAACAUUGUAGACUGCCGCUUUGUUGCAACAAAACUCAUUCAAGGCAAUGAAUACGUCUUCCGCGUGUCGGCGGUGAACCAAUACGGGGUUGGCGAUGCAGUGCAAUCGGAGCCUGUGAAGAUGGUAGACAGGUUCGGCCCUCCUGGACCACCUGGAAAGCCAGAAAUUGACAAUGUUACCAAGAAUACUGUGACCAUUUCCUGGAAGAGGCCUGCUGAUGAUGGUGGAAGUGACAUCACUGGAUAUUUUGUUGAAAGAAAGGAAAGGAAAGGGCUGAGGUGGGUCCGCGCCACAAAGAAAGCAGUCUCGGACCUCCGCUACAAAGUGACAGGACUGUCAGAAGGAGUGGAGUACGAGUUCCGAGUCACAGCCGAAAACAAAGCAGGACUUGGGGAGCCCAGCGAUCCAUCGGUGCACGUCAUGACGAAGGAUCUGGCUUAUAAGCCUGGGCCUCCUUCAAAUCCAAGAGUGACUGAUACCACGAAGUCCACAGCAACACUUCACUGGGGAAAGCCACAUUAUGAUGGUGGCCUGGACAUAAUUGGAUACAUUGUUGAGCACAAGAAAGAGGGAGAUGACGACUGGGUUAAAGAUACAACCGGAACUGCUCUCCGAAUCACCGAAUUUGUUGUGGCAAACCUUCAGCCUGGCGCUAAGUAUCACUUCAGAGUCAGUGCUCUGAAUGCCGAAGGUGUUGGCGAGCCAGCUGUGAUUGAAGAAGUUAUUGAAAUAAAGGACAGAGAAGAAGUCCCUGACUUUGAGCUCGAUGCUGAGCUCAGGAGAACCCUUGUUGUGAAGGCCGGACUGUCCAUUCGCAUUUUUGUACCAAUUAAAGGCCGUCCAGCUCCUGAAGUCACUUGGAUGAAAGGUGACAUUCCACUCAAGGGUCGUGCUUCCAUCGAUAGCACAGAAUCUUACACAUUACUGAUCAUACCUGACUGCACAAGACAUGACGCUGGAAAAUACACCAUGGUACUUGAGAAUGCUGCCGGCAAAAAGACUGGCUUUGUGAAUGUCAAGGUUCUGGACUCCCCUGGGCCACCAAUUAACCUGAAAGCCAGAGAUGUCACCAAGGAUAGUAUCACAAUUCAGUGGGAUCUGCCUCUGAUUGAUGGAGGAUCACGAGUAACCAAUUAUAUUGUUGAAAAACGAGAAGCCACACGUAAGGCCUAUUCCACCAUUACUACAAACUGCCAGAAGUGUUCCUUGAGAGUCCCCAACCUCGCAGAAGGAUGUGAAUACUUCUUUAGAGUAAUGGCUGAAAAUGAAUUCGGUAUUGGUGAGCCAGCAGAGACACCUGAGCCCAUCAGAGCUUCAGAAGCCCCGUCUCCACCAGAAAGCCUCAACGUCAUGGACAUUACCAAAGACUCUGCCAGCCUUGCAUGGCCCAAGCCUGAGCAUGACGGUGGUAGCAAAGUGACUGGAUAUGUCAUUGAAGCUCAGAAGAAAGGCUCAGAACAGUGGUCCCAUGUUGGCACCGUCAAAGCUCUAGACUAUGUGGUUAAAAGUCUGAAUGAAAAUGAGGAAUAUGUCUUCCGGGUUAUGGCAGUGAAUAGCUGCGGCAGGAGUGACCCCAGAGAAAGCAGGCCAGUAGUAAUUAAGGAACAGACAAGGCUUCCUGAAUUUGACCUGAGGGGUAUCUACCAGAAAACAGUCAUCGCAAGAGCCGGAGACAAUGUCAAGGUUGAGAUUCCAGUGCUGGGCAGACCUAAGCCAACAGUCACAUGGAAGAAAGGAGACCAAGCAUUUAAACAAACACAGAGAAUGAAUGUUGAGAACACUGCAACUUCGACAAUUCUGACCAUUAAUGAAUGCACCAGAAAUGAUGCUGGCCAGUUUACUCUGACAGCAAAGAACAUACUGGGUGAAGUCAGUGACACUAUCUCAGUCCACAUACAUGAUAUUCCUGGACCUCCCAAAGGCCCGAUUAAAUUUGAUGAGAUUUCAUCUGACUUCAUCAUCAUGUCAUGGGAAUCCCCAGAAAAUGAUGGCGGUGUUCCAAUUAACAACUACGUCGUAGAAAUGCGUGAAACUACUGGUACAUCAUGGGUGGAGUUGGCCGCCACUGUCAUUCGCACCACUUUCAAGGCUUCACGUCUGACAACUGGAAUUGAGUACCAGUUCCGUGUCAAAGCCCAAAACAGGUACGGAAUGAGCCCACCACUUAAUUCAGAGUGUGUCGUUGCUGCCUAUCCAUUUAAAGUUCCUGGACCCCCUGGAACUCCACAGGUCACCGCAGUCACAAAGGACACAAUGACCAUUGCCUGGAACGAGCCAGUUUCUGAUGGUGGAAGCCCAAUUUUUGGAUACCACAUUGAAAGGAAAGAGAGAAACAGCAUCUUGUGGCAGACAGUCAGCAAAGCUCUUGUGGUCGGAAACAUUUUCAAAUCCACUGGACUUACAGAUGGCAUUCCUUACGAGUUUAGGGUCACAGCUGAGAAUAUGGCAGGAAAAGGUAAACCAAGCAAACCAUGCGAACCAACGCUUGCUCUUGAUCCUGUUGACUCACCUGGCAAGCCCAUUCCUAUCAAUAUUACCAGACAUUCUGUGACUCUCCAGUGGACAAAGCCUGAAUACGAUGGAGGCUUCAAAAUAACUGGAUACACUGUUGAAAGGAAGGACCUUCCAAAUGGCCGUUGGCUAAAAGCCAACUUUAGCAAUAUCCUGGAGACAAGCUUCACUGUGAGUGGUCUUACUGAAGAUGCCUCUUAUGAGUUCCGUGUGCUUGCUAGAAAUUCUGCGGGAUCGGUCAGCAAGCCAUCAGAGCCAUCAGACUGCAUCACCUGCAGAGAUGACAUUGAAGAGCCCAGGAUUAUGGUUGAUGCCCGAUUCAAAGAUGUCAUACUUCUCAAAGCAGGAGAAGUGUUCAAACUUGAGGCUGAUGUUAGCGGCCGACCACUACCAACUAUGGUUUGGACAAAGGACAAUAAAGAGUUGGAAGACUCUGGACAUUUGGAAAUUAAGAUGUCUGAUUUUUCAACUGCCUUGAUCAACAAAGACUCUACAAGAAGACAUGGUGGGGCAUUUGUUUUAACAGCCACAAACCCAGGUGGCUUUGCAAAGCAUGUGUUCAAUGUUAAAGUUCUUGACAGACCAGGUCCACCAGAAGGACCACUGGCAGUUUCAGACGUUACCACAGAGAAAUGUGUAAUAUCGUGGUUACCACCAUCUGAUGACGGUGGUGCAAAAAUUGACUAUUAUGUGAUAGAAAAACGCGAAACUAGCAGGCUCGCUUGGACAAAUGUGGCUACUGAUGUACAGGUGAACCGAUUCAAGGUGACAAAACUCCUUAAAGGAAAUGAAUACAUUUUCAGAGUCAUGGCUGUUAAUAAAUAUGGAGUUGGUGAGCCACUGGAGUCAGAACCCACGUUGGCAGUAAAUCCAUAUGUGCCUCCUGAUCCACCCAAGACCCCAGAAGUCACAGCCAUCACUAAAGAUUCAAUGGUGGUCUGCUGGGGCCACCCAGAAUCUAAUGGAGGAAGUGAAAUUACAAAUUACAUUGUGGAGAGGCGAGAUAAGGCUGGCUUACGCUGGGUCAAGUGCAACAAGAGAGUUGUCACAGAUCUAAGGUACAAAGUGUCUGGCUUAACCGAAGGCCAUGAAUAUGAAUAUAGAGUAUCUGCUGAAAAUGCAGCAGGCCUGAGUGGCCCAAGUCCAUGCAGUCCCUACUACAAGGCAUCAGAUACAGUAUUUAAACCUGGCCCACCAGGUAACCCUCGAGUAUUGGACACCAGCAAAUCAUCUAUCACAAUUGCUUGGAAUAAACCCAUUUAUGAUGGUGGAUCUGAGAUCACAGGCUAUAUGGUUGAGACUUGUCUGCCUGAAGAGGAUGAGUGGACAAUUGUUACUCCACAAGCUGGACUCAAAGCUACAUCCUUCACCAUCACUAACCUCAAGGAAAAUCAGGAAUAUAAAAUCCACAUUUCUGCCAUUAACUCUGAAGGCAUCGGAGAGCCUGCACUUGUGCCCGGUUCACCGAAGGCUGAGGAGAGAAUGCUUGCCCCUGAAAUUGAACUCGACGCCGAGCUCCGCAAGGUUGUCAGCAUACGAGCAUGCUGCACAUUAAGACUUUUUGUACCCAUUAAGGGAAGACCAGCCCCUGAUGUUAAGUGGUCAAGAGAGAGUGGAGAAGCACUAGAUCGGGCCACUAUUGAGAGUACUUCAUCUUACACACUGCUGAUUGUAGAAAAUGUGAACAGAUUUGACAGUGGAAAGUAUAUGCUCACAAUCGAAAACAGCUCUGGCAGCAAAACCGCCUUUGUCAAUGUGAGAGUAUUAGAUUCUCCAGGGGCACCUCAGAACCUCAAGAUCAAAGAAAUAACAAAAGAAUCUGUUUCCCUCACUUGGGAUCCACCUAUCAUCGAUGGAGGUUCCAAAAUUAAGAACUAUAUCGUAGAGAAACGUGAAUCAACUAGAAAGGCCUACUCCACAGUUAUGGCCAACUGCCACAAGACAAGCUGGAAAGUGGACAAUUUGCAGGAAGGAUGCAGCUACUAUUUCCGAGUUCUUGCCGAAAAUGAAUACGGAGUGGGACUUCCAGUUGAGACCACUGACUCCAUUAAAGUCUCAGAAAGACCACUUCCACCUGGUAAAGUGACUCUCGAAGACGUCACCCGAAACAGCGUUACACUCUCAUGGGAGAAGCCAGAGCACGAUGGAGGCAGCAGAAUCGUUGCAUACAUAGUGGAAAUGCAGAGUAAAGGAAGCGAGAAGUGGACAGUGUGCUCCACAGUGAAAGUCACAGAGGCUGUCGUGACCGGGCUGAUACAAGGUGAGGAGUACAUGUUCCGUGUAUCAGCACAGAAUGAGAAAGGCAUCAGCGAUCCUCGCCAACUGGGUGUCCCAGUUAUUGCAAAGGACUUGGUCAUCCCCCCAACCUUUAAGCUUCUAUUCACCACAUUCAGCGUGCUAGCAGGUGAGGACUUGAAGGUCGAUGUUCCAUUUGUUGCUCGUCCAAAAGCGGCAGUCACCUGGCACAAAGAUAAUCUUCCUCUGAAACAAACCACCAGAGUGAAUGCUGAAAGCACAGAAUCUGGCACUCAGCUAGUGAUUAAAGAAGCCUGCAGGGAUGAUGUUGGCCAAUAUACUGUCAAAUUAGCAAACACCGCUGGAGAAGCUUCAGAGAACCUGGCCAUUGUGGUAUUAGAUAAGCCUGGUCCACCUAAAGGCCCAGUCAAGAUUGAUGAAGUCACCGCUGACAGUAUCACUAUUACAUGGCAGCCCCCCGAAUAUGAUGGUGGCUGCAGCAUCAACAACUACAUUGUGGAGAAGAGAGACACUUCAACAACAGCUUGGCAGAUUGUCUCAGCAACUGUUGCCAGGACAACAAUUAAAGCUGGCCGACUAAAGACUGGCUGUGAGUACCAGUUCAGGAUUGCAGCUGAAAACAGAUAUGGCAAGAGCAGCUUCCUCGUCUCAGAAUCUGUGGUGGCUCAGUAUCCAUUUAAACUUCCAGGACCUCCUGGAACACCUUUUGUGAGCACCGUUACAAAAGACAGCAUGGUCGUACAGUGGAAUGAGCCUGUUAUUGAUGGAGGCAGCAAAAUUUUGGGAUACCAUCUAGAACGCAAGGAGAGGAACAGUAUCCUGUGGGUGAAGCUCAACAAGACAAUCCUCCAGGACACUAGAUUUAAGACCACUGGCUUGGAAGAGGGUAUUGAAUAUGAGUACAGAGUCUCAGCUGAAAAUAUUGUUGGCAUCGGCAAAUGCAGUAAGGUUUCUGAAUGCUAUGCGGCACGUGAUCCCUGUGACCCACCAGGUAAACCAGUAGCUGUCAUUGUCACCAGAAAUUCUGUAAGCCUGCAGUGGACAAAGCCUGAAUAUGAUGGCGGAAGCAAAAUCACCGGAUAUAUCGUUGAAAAGAAGGAACUUCCCGAAGGCCGAUGGAUGAAGGCCAGCUUUACCAAUGUGACAGAGACUGAAUUUGUUGUGACAGGGUUGGUUGAAGACCAGAGGUAUGAGUUCCGUGUUAUUGCAAGAAACGCUGCUGGUACUUUCAGUGAUCCAUCAGAAAGCACUGGCCCGAUUACAGCAAGAGACGAAGUUGAUCCACCACGUAUAAGCAUGGAUCCAAAAUACAGAGAAGCUAUUGUAUGCAAUGCAGGUGACUCCUUCAAAAUCGAAGCUGAUGUACAUGGAAAACCAAUUCCCUCCAUUCAGUGGCUAAAAGGAGAACAGGAACUGAUAGACACAGCUCGCCUUGAAAUCAAGAGCACAGACUUCAGCACGUGUCUGAGCGUCAAAGAAGCCAUACGUGUUGAUGGAGGCCAAUACACCCUCCUUGUGAAGAAUGUGGCUGGUGAAAGAUCAGUUGCUGUCAAUGUCAAGGUAUUGGACAGACCUGGACCACCUGAAGGACCUGUUGCCAUUUCUGGAGUAACUUGCGAGAAGUGCACAAUUGCAUGGAAGCCACCUUUGCAAGAUGGAGGCAGUGACAUAUCUCAUUACAUUGUGGAAAGAAGGGAGACAAGCAGAUUAGUAUGGACUGUAGUGGAACCAAAGGUGCAGACUCUCAGUCUUAAAGUUACCAAACUUCUGGAAGGAAAUGAAUAUAUUUUCCGUAUUAUGGCUGUAAACAAAUAUGGAGUUGGAGAACCCUUGGAAUCAGAUGCACUGAUCGCGAAAAAUCCAUUUGUUGUUCCGGAUGCACCCAAGUCUCCUGAAGUGACCACUAUCACCAAAGAUUCAAUGAUUGUAGUGUGGAACAGACCAGCAUCUGAUGGUGGUAGUGAGAUUACUGGAUACAUCUUGGAAAAACGAGACAAGGAAGGCAUAAGGUGGACCAGAUGCAACAAACGUGUGGUUAAUGAACUCCGUUUCCGAGUGACCGGACUCCUUGAAAAUCACAGUUAUGAAUUCAGAGUCUCUGCUGAGAAUGCUGCUGGAGUCGGUCAGCCAAGUUUGACCUCUCCUUUGUACAAGGCCUGUGAUCCAAUCUUUAAACCGGGACCACCCAACAACCCUAAAGUGACAGACGUCACCAGAUCAUCUGUCUUCCUUUCAUGGAGCAAGCCAAUUUAUGAUGGUGGCAGUGAAGUUCAGGGAUACAUUGUAGAAAAAUGUGACACCACCUCUGAUGAAUGGACAAUGUGCACACCACCCACAGGUAUUCCAAAGACCUGGAUUGAAGCAGACAAGCUACAGGAGAAGCACGAAUACAAGUUCAGGGUGUGCGCCAUCAACAAGGCUGGAGUUGGAGAACAUGCAGAUAUUGCCGGAGCUGUCCUAGUAGAAGAAAAGUUAGAAGCACCAGACCUCGAUCUGGAUCCUGAACUGAGGAAAGUCGUCAAUGUCAGAGCUGGUGGUUCUCUGAGAUUGUUCAUUCCAAUCAAAGGACGCCCAGCCCCAGAAGUGAAAUGGGGCAAAGCUGAUGGAGAAAUCAGGGAAACGGCACAGAUAGAAGUUACCAGUAGCUUCACCUCUCUUGUGAUCGACAAUGUUAACAGAUUUGAUAGUGGCAAAUACACUCUUUCUUUGGAGAACAUCAGUGGCACCAAGUCUGCCUUCAUCAGUGUCAGAGUCCUUGAUACCCCAAGUGCCCCUGUUAACUUCAGAAUAAAGGAAAUUACCAAAGAUUCUGUCUCCCUCACAUGGGAGCCGCCACUGUUGGAUGGAGGAGCUAAAAUAAAGAAUUACAUUAUAGAGAAGCGAGAAAGCACAAGGAAAGCAUAUUCAGCUGUUGUGACUAACUGCCACAAGACCUCCUGGAAGGUGGAUUCAUUACAGGAAGGCUGCAAUUACUACUUCAGAGUGUCUGCUGAAAACGAGCACGGCAUUGGCCUACAUGCAGAGACCACAGAUCCUAUCAAAGUAUCGGAAGUGCCGCAGCCUCCAGGUAAAAUCACUGUCGUUGACGUCACACGGAAGAGCGUCUCUCUUAGCUGGGAGAAACCAGAACAUGACGGAGGCAGCAAAAUCAUCCAGUAUAUUGUGGAAAUGCAGGCCAAGGGAAGUGAGAAGUGGUCUGCGUGUGCACACGUUAAAACACUGGAUGCUGUCAUCACCAACUUAGCCCAAGGAGAAGAGUACAUGUUCAGAGUUAUAGCAGUGAAUGAGAAAGGAAAGAGUGACCCAAGAUCUCUUGCCGUACCAGUUGUUGCCAAAGAUCUUGUCAUUGAGCCUGAUGUGAAACCUGCUUUCAGUAAUUACAGCGUGCAGGUGGGACAAGACCUGAAGAUAGAAAUUCCAAUUGCUGGUCGCCCCAAGCCAACCGUUUCCUGGACUAAGGAUGGGCAACCUCUGAAGCAGACAACACGAGUUAACGUAGUUGACACCGACAACUGUACCACCCUUAACAUCAAAGAAUCCACAAAGGAUGAUGGUGGUGUGUAUAGUAUCACUGUAUCAAAUGUGGUUGGUCAGAAAGUCGCAACAAUUGAUGUGAUCACGCUCGACAAGCCAGGUCCUCCAACUGGGCCAGUCAAAUUUGAUGAAAUCAGUGCAGAAAGCAUCACGAUAUCCUGGGAGGCACCAAAACACACAGGUGGCUGCCAGAUUUCAAAUUACAUUGUUCAGAAGAGAGAUACCACCACUACCAACUGGGAAAUCGUUUCUGCCACAGUGGCCAGAACAACCCUCAAGAUAAUGAAACUUAAAACUGGAUCUGAAUACCAAUUUAGAAUUAUUGCCGAAAACCGAUAUGGUCAGAGCUUUGCUCUGGACUCAGAAUGUGUGGUGGCCCAAUACCCAUACAAAGAGCCUGGCCCACCUGGAACUCCAUUUGUCACUGCUGCUACAAAGGACAGUAUGAUUGUACAGUGGCAUGAGCCUAUUAAUGAUGGUGGAAGCAAGAUCCUUGGUUAUCAUUUAGAACGGAAAGAGCGGAACAGUAUUCUCUGGACAAAGAUCAAUAAAACCAUCAUUCAGGAUACUCGCUUCAAGACAAGCCCUCUUGAAGAAGGCAUUGAAUACGAGUUCAGAGUCUAUGCCGAGAACAUCGUUGGCAUUGGCAAAUCCAGCAAAGUGUCUGAAUGCUAUGUGGCACGUGACCCAUGUGAUCCACCCGGCUGCCCUGAGGCCUUGAUUGUGUCAAGGCACUCUGUGACUCUUCAGUGGACCAAACCAGAGUAUGAUGGUGGUAGUGCAAUCACCGGAUACAUUGUGGAGAAACGGGACCUCCCUGAAGGCCGAUGGAUGAAAGCUAGCUACACAAAUGUCAUUGAGACACAAUUCACCGUUACCGGUUUAACCGAGGGCGAGAGGUAUGACUUUAGAGUCAUCGCAAAGAAUGCAGCAGGAACAAUGAGCAAGCCAUCAGAUAACACAGGUCCAAUAACAGCCAAAGAUGAAGUUGAACCUCCACGUGUUUCCAUGGAUCCCAAAUACAAAGACACCAUUGUGGUGAAUGCUGGUGAUACAUUUAAACUUGAUGCCGAUGUCUAUGGUAAGCCACUUCCAUCAAUUCAGUGGUUCAAAGGAGACAAGGAGCUUGAGGAGAGCGGAAGAUGUGAGAUCAAGAACAGUGAUUUCAAAGCACUCAUCAUUAUUAAAGAUGCCAUAAGAGUUGAUGGCGGCCAGUACAACCUGCAGCUCACAAAUGUAGCAGGCACCAAAACUGUUCCUAUUCAGGUUAAAGUAUUAGACCGACCAGGACCCCCUGAAGGGCCUAUUCACGUUACCGGUGUAACAGCUGAUAAAUGUUCAUUGUCAUGGGCCCCACCACAACAUGAUGGUGGAAGUGAUAUUUCACAUUACAUCAUAGAAAAGAGAGAAACCAGCCGCCUUGCUUGGACUGUCGUCGCCUCAGAUGUUGUUGCUACCAUGUUCAAGGCAACCAAGCUCCUGGAAGGCAAUGAGUACAUCUUCCGCAUCAUGGCAGUUAACAAAUAUGGGGUUGGUGAGCCUUUGGAGUCCAUACCCGUCAUGAUGAAGAAUCCAUUUGUACCACCUGGAGCACCAAAGGGACUGGAAGUAACAAACAUUGCAAAAGACUCCAUGACAGUUUGCUGGACCAGACCAGACAGUGACGGAGGCAGUGAAAUUGUUGGGUAUAUCGUGGAGAAAAGAGACAGAACUGGAAUCAGAUGGGUAAAAUGUAACAAGCGCAGAGUCACUGAUUUGCGAUUUAGAGUCACAGGAUUAACUGAAGACCAUGACUAUGAAUUUAGAUUGUCUGCAGAAAACGCUGCUGGCAUUGGAGAACCAAGUCAGCCAACAGCAUUCUUUAAAGCUUGUGACCCUAUUUAUAAGCCUGGACCCCCAAUCAAUGCCCAUGUCGUGGACACAACCAGGAACUCAGCCACAAUUGCAUGGGGAAAGCCAAUUUAUGAUGGUGGCAGUGAAAUCCAAGGCUAUAUUGUGGAAAUCUGCAAGGCAGAUGAAGAAGAAUGGACCAUGUGCACUCCACCAACUGGUCUGCGCGUCAAUCGCUUUGAAAUUACUAAACUUAUUGAACACCAGGAAUAUAAGGUUCAGGUCUGUGCUAUUAAUAAGUUGGGAGUUGGUGAACCAGCAGCCAUUCCUGGAACCGUCAAAUCUGAAGACAAACUUGACGCACCUGAAAUUGACCUUGAUUCUGAUUUGAGGAAAGGAAUUGUGGUACGUGCUGGAGGAUCUGUGAAGAUAAGCAUACCUUUCAAAGGAAGACCAGCCCCUGAAAUCAGCUGGUCCAAGGAUGAAGGUGAUCUGCCAGAGAAAGCACAAAUUGAAAAGGGCCUCAGCUUCACUCAGCUCUCCAUAGAUAGCUGUGAUCGAAAUGAUGCUGGAAAAUACACUCUGAAGCUAGAAAACAGCAGUGGCAUCAAAUCAGCAUUUGUCAUCGUAAAAGUCCUGGAUACGCCUGGAGCUCCCCUGAACCUCACCGUGAAGGACGUGAAGAAGGAUUCGGCAACUUUGGUUUGGGAUCCCCCAUUGAUUGAUGGCGGCAGUAAGAUCAAGAAUUAUGUAAUUGACAAGCGCGAAUCAACCAGGAAGGCCUAUGCCAACGUCACUUCCAAAUGUAACAAGACCAGCUUUAAAGUUGAAAAUCUCACUGAGGGAGCAAUCUAUUACUUCAGGGUAAUGGCCGAGAAUGAGUUUGGAAUUGGCUUACCUAUUGAGACCAUUGAUUCAAUAAAGGCAUCAGAGGCGCCACUUCCACCAGGAAAAGUUACACUCAUAGAUGUUACUCAGACAAGUGCUUCUCUCAUAUGGGAGAAACCAGACCACGAUGGAGGCAGCAGACUUAUGGGAUACUUGGUAGAAAUGUUACCUAAAGGGUCUGACAAAUGGGCAGUUGUGACUCAGACCAAAACAUGUGAUGCUGUUAUCACCGGUUUAAGCUCUGGGCAUGAAUACAACUUCAGAAUCAUUGCCUACAAUGAGAAAGGAAAGAGUGACCCAAGACCACUGGCGGUACCAGUCAUCGCUAAAGAUCUAACAAUUGAGCCCAGUUUCAAGCUCAUGUUCAACACAUACAACGUACAGGCUGGAGAAGACCUCAAGGUGGAAAUACCAGUGAUUGGUCGCCCAAGGCCUACUGUUUCUUGGACAAAGGAUGGGCAAGCACUCAAGCAAACCACAAGACUAAACGUGGAGACUACACCCACGUCCACAAUCCUCCAUAUCAAAGAGAGCCAUCGUGAUGACUUUGGCAAGUAUGCUGUCACUGCGACAAACAGCGCAGGCUCAGUAACAGAAGAAAUUGGCAUCGUUAUUCUCGAUAAGCCAGGUCCUCCCACCGGCCCAAUCCGCAUUGAUGAAGUAAGUUCCAACUAUGUCAUCAUUUCCUGGGAACCACCACAGUAUACAGGAGGCUGCCAGAUCAAUAACUACAUUGUGGAGAAGCGGGACACAACCACAACCGCCUGGCAGAUUGUGUCAGCUACCAUUGCUAGGACAACUAUUAAAGUAGGUAAACUGAAGACGGGCUCUGAAUAUCAAUUCAGGGUAUUUGCUGAAAAUCGAUAUGGCAAGAGCUCAUCUCUGGAUUCCCAAUUGGUUGUGGUUCAGUAUCCAUACAAGGAGCCCGGUCCACCUGGCACUCCAUUUGUGUCAUUUGCUUCAAAAGACCACAUGGUAAUUGAAUGGAAUGAGCCAGUGAAUGAUGGUGGCAGUGCCGUUCUGGGCUACCACCUGGAAAGGAAAGAAAGAAACAGCAUCUUGUGGACAAAGCUGAACAAGACACUCAUUCAGGACACUCGCUUUAAAGCCAAUAAUCUUGAAGAAGGCAUUGAAUAUGAAUACAGAGUAUACGCUGAAAAUAUCGUGGGAAUUGGCAAAGCCAGCAAAGUUUCAGAAUGCUUUGUCGCUAGAGACCCAUGUGAUCCACCAGGCUGUCCAGAAGCGAUUGUCAUCACUAGGAACUACGUUACACUUCAGUGGACCAAGCCUCAGUAUGAUGGUGGCAGCAAGGUCACAGGCUACAUUGUGGAGAAGAAAGAGCUGCCUGAAGGUCGCUGGAUGAAAGCCAGUUUUACCAAUGUGAUCGACACUGAAUUUACCAUUACUGGCUUAGUGGAAGACCAAAGAUACGAAUUUAGAGUGAUCGCAAGAAAUGCAGCUGGUAUUUUCAGUGAACCCUCUGAAAGCACCGGACCAAUUACUGCACGGGAUGAGAUUGAGGCCCCAAGAGUUUCAAUGGAUCCCAAAUAUAAAGAUGUCAUUGUCGUAAAUGCAGGGGAUACCUUUGUUCUGGAAGCUGAUAUUCAUGGCAAGCCUAUUCCCGACAUCACAUGGGUCAAGGAUGGCAAAGAGAUUGACCAAACUGUUGCCAGAAUGGAAGUGAAAUCAACAGUCCAGAGGACAAGUCUCCUGGUCAAAGACUGCAUUCGGGUUGAUGGUGGCCAGUACGUACUUAACCUCAGCAACGUCGGUGGGACAAAAACAGUACCUAUAACAGUUAAAGUGCUGGACAGGCCUGGUCCUCCUGACGGACCCCUCAAAGUCACUGGAGUCACUGCUGAGAAAUGCUAUUUGGCUUGGAGCCCCCCCUCACAUGAUGGCGGUGCUAGCAUCUCUCAUUACAUCAUUGAGAAGAGGGAGACGAGCAGGUUGUCUUGGACACAGGUGGCUAAUAAUGUCCAAGCAAUCAGCCAUAAAGUGACCAAGCUCCUUACUGGUAAUGAAUAUAUAUUUAGAGUCAUGGCAGUGAAUAAGUAUGGCAUUGGUGAGCCACUGGAAUCUGAGCCAGUUCUUGCACGUAAUCCUUUCAAGCCACCAGGACCACCUUCAGUUCCUGAGGUGACUGCCAUCACAAAAGACUCUAUGGUGGUAACAUGGAACCGUCCAGAUGACAAUGGUGGUGCUGAAAUAGAGGGAUACAUCUUAGAAAAGCGUGAUAAGGAUGGAAUCAGAUGGACAAAGUGCAACAAAAAGAGGUUGACCGAUCUGAGAUUCAGAGUAACCGGCCUUACUGAAGGACACUUUUUCGAAUUCCGUGCGUCAGCUGAAAAUGCCGCUGGUGUUGGCCAGCCAAGUGAACCAUCCGUGUUCUACAGAGCCUGUGAUGCCACAUAUCCACCUGGCCCACCAAACAAUCCCAAAGUCACAGAUACCUCUAGCACAUCUGUGUCCCUGGCCUGGAGCAAGCCCAUCUAUGACGGAGGAGCCCAGGUGAAAGGAUACGUUGUGGAAAUGAAGGAAGCCAGUGCAGAUGAAUGGACCACAUGCACUCCUCCAAUGGGUGUGCAGGCCACACAUUUCUGUGUCACCAAGCUAAAGGAGAACACCGAAUACAACUUCCGCAUCUGUGCCAUUAAUAUUGAAGGAGUUGGUGAGCCCGCUGACAUUGCCGGAUCAGUACUUGUGGCAGAGAAGCUUGAAGCUCCUGAGAUAGAAUUAGAUGCUGACCUUCGCAAAGUAGUGUCUGUGCGUGCCAGUGCAACUCUACGUCUGUUUGUCACCAUCAAGGGCCGACCCGAACCUGAGGUGAAAUGGGAAAAAGAAGAUGGUAGCAUUUCUGAGCGUGCUCAGAUUGAAGUGACAAGCUCAUACACUAUGCUUGUAAUUGACAACGUGAACAGGUUCGACAGCGGCAAAUACAUCUUGAAACUCGAGAAUAACAGUGGAAGUAAGUCUGCAUUUGUCAACGUCAGAGUGCUGGACUCUCCAAGCGCUCCAAUUAAUUUCUCCAUUAAGGAAAUAAGGAAAGACGCUGUUACACUGACUUGGGAACCUCCACUCCUGGAUGGAGGAGCAAAGAUUACCAACUACAUUGUUGAAAAGCGUGAAACCACACGCAAGGCAUACACAACCGUUACCAACAACUGCACAAAGAACACAUUCAAAGUCGAUCAGCUCCAGGAGGGAGGCAUAUACUACUUCCGUGUGCUUGCAGUCAAUGAGUUUGGAGUAGGUUUGCCAGCCGAAACACAAGAACCAGUUAAAGCAUCAGAAGCUCCUUUGCCACCUGGCAAGGUCACCCUAGUGGAUGUAACACGCAAGAGUGUCACCCUUUCCUGGGAGAAACCAGAUCACGAUGGUGGCAGUAAAAUCUCAAGCUAUGUUGUUGAAAUGCAAACUAAAGGCAGUGAUAAGUGGACAAUGUGUGCCCAAGUGAAGACACUUGAAGCCACAGUGUCAGGCCUUUCUGCCGGAGAAGAGUAUUCAUUUAGAAUUCUGGCCGUAAACGAGAAAGGAAAGAGCGAUCCUAAGCAGCUAGGAGUCCCAGUAAUUGCCAAGGACAUUGAAAUCGAACCCAGCAUGGAACUGCUUUUCAACACAUUCAGCGUAAAAGCAGGUGAUGACCUUAAGAUUGACGUACCUUUCAGAGGCAGACCUCUGCCAGCAGUGGAGUGGAAGAAAGAUGGCCAACCCCUCAAACAGACCACAAGAGUGAAUGUCACGACAUCUAAGAAUUCAACACUCGUUUUAAUCAAGGAAGCCACCCGAGAAGAUGUUGGAAAAUAUGAGCUAAUUUUGACAAAUGUGGCUGGCACCAAGUCUGCUGAAAUUGGAGUAAUUGUACUGGAUAAGCCUGGUGUACCAGGACCAAUCAAAGUAGAUGAGGUCAGCUCUGACAGCAUAUCAAUCUCCUGGGAACCUCCAGAGUAUGAUGGAGGCUGCCAUAUCAACAACUACAUCGUUGAAAAGAGGGAUACUACCACAACAGCAUGGCAGAUUGUAUCUGCUACAGUUGCCAGGACAUCCAUUAAGGUCUCCCGAUUGACUACAGGCUCUGAAUAUCAGUUCCGUGUGUGUGCUGAAAACCGUUACGGCAAGAGCCACUGCCGAGAAUCAUCAGCGAUUGUUGCACAAUAUCCAUAUAAGCAACCUGGUCCUCCUGCCACACCUCGUGUCACGCAUGCAACCAAAGCCUUUAUGGUCGUAGAAUGGAAUGAACCAGUAAAUGAUGGAGGCAGCCCAGUAAUUGGCUAUCAUCUUGAGCGUAAAGAAAGAAGCAGCAUCCUCUGGACCAAGAUGAACAGAACCAUGAUCACUGACACAAAGAUGAAAGUGUCUGGAAUCGAAGAAGGUCUUUUGUAUGAGUACCGUGUUUAUGCUGAGAAUAUUGUUGGUGUAGGAAAAUGCAGCAAAGCUUGUGAGCCCGUGGCUGCAAGGGAUCCAUGUGAUCCACCUGGUCAACCUGAGGUAACAAACAUCACCCGAACAUGUGUCUCUCUCUCCUGGUCUAAGCCAGAAUACGAUGGUGGUGCGAAGAUCACAGGAUACAUCAUUGAGCGUAAGGAGCUGCCAGAUGGUCGCUGGCUGAAGUGCAACUUCACGAAUAUUCAAGAGAAUUACUUUGAUGUGACUGGCCUCACAGAAGAUCAGCGUUAUGAUUUCCGUGUUUUCGCCAGGAACGCUGCUGGUCUUAUCAGUGAGCCAUCUGAAUGCACUGGUCCAAUCACAGUAAAGGAUGAUGUGGAUGCGCCCCGCAUCAUGAUGGAUGUCAAAUUCAGAGAUGUUGUGGUCGUGAAGGCUGGUGACAUCCUAAAGAUCAAUGCUGACAUUGCUGGACGACCUCACCCUGUUGUUUCAUGGUCAAAGGAUGGCAAGGAGAUAGAAGAAAAGGCAAGAGUGGAGAUUGUUUCCACAGACACCAGCACGGUGCUUACAGUGAAAGACUGCAUCCGCAGGGACUCAGGACAGUAUGUCUUGACAUUGCAGAAUGUGGCAGGUACGAGAUCACUGGCUGUAAACUGCAAAGUACUUGACAGACCAGGUCCUCCCGCAGGCCCACUAGAGGUGGCUGGCCUUACAGCUGAGAAAUGCAAUCUGUCUUGGGGACCACCACAGGAAAAUGGAGGUGCUGAAAUCGAUCACUAUGUUGUAGAAAAGCGUGAAACAAGUCGACUUGCCUGGACCGUGGUGGAUGCUGAUGUGAAGACAACUUCAUGCAAAGCUACUAAACUGUUGAAAGGCAAUGAAUACAUUUUCCGAGUGAUGGGCAUUAAUAAGUAUGGUACUGGUGAGCCACUUGAAAGCCAUGCAGUCAAGGCUCUUGAUCCUUUCACUGUUCCAAAUGCACCGACGAACCUGGAGAUUACAAGCAUAACCAGUGAAGCUAUCACACUCUGCUGGGCAAGACCUGCCAGUGAUGGUGGCAGUGAAAUCUGUGGGUAUGUAAUCGAAAGAAGAGAAAAGACUGGCCUGAGAUGGGUGCGUGUCAACAAAAAGCCAGUAUAUGACCUCAGAGUGAAAGCAUCCAACCUCAGAGAAGGAUGUGAAUAUGAAUUCCGGGUUUAUGCUGAAAAUGCAGCUGGCCUGAGUGCUCCCAGUGAAUCAUCUCCACUGAUUAAAGCAGUGGAUCCAAUCUUCUUACCAUCACCUCCUUCCAAGCCCAAGAUCGUUGAUUCCACCAAGACCACCAUCACUGUUGGCUGGACAAAGCCUUUGUUUGAUGGAGGCUCACCUGUCACUGGAUAUUGUGUUGAGUACAAGAAAACAGAAGAUGAAGACUGGUUGACUGCCAUCCAGAACCUUAGAGGAACAGAGUUUACUGUGGUUGGCCUUACUUCUGGAGCGGAAUAUGUGUUCAGAGUGAAAUCCAUCAAUAAGGUUGGUCCCAGUGAACCAAGUGCCAGUUCUGAACCUCAGAUUGCCAAGGAAAGGGAAGAGGAACCAGUCUUUGAUAUCGACAAUGAGCUGCGAAAGACGCUAAUCGUGAAGGCAGGUGGCUCCUUCACUUUCACAGUACCAUUCAGAGGAAAACCCGUGCCUAAUGUAAUGUGGAGCAAAGAAGAUGUAGACCUGAGACUCAGGGCAAGCAUUGACACCAGAGACACCUGCACGUCUCUGACAGUGGAGAAGGCAACCCGUUGGGAUUCUGGCAAGUACACAGUAACCCUACAGAAUGCAGUUGGAACAGCAACAUUGACACUAGUUGUCAAAGUCCUCGAUUCUCCCGGUCCUCCUUGUAACAUUUGUGUGAAAGAAGUCACCAAGGAAUCUGCACUGCUCUCCUGGGAUGUCCCAGAAAAUGAAGGAGGUGCUCCGGUAAAGAACUACCACAUAGAAAAACGUGAAGCCAGCAAGAAGGCUUGGGUGUCCGUCACCAAUAACUGCCACCGCUUGACCUUCAAAGUUCCAAACCUUCAAGAAGGAGCCGUUUAUUACUUCAGAGUUACUGGAGAGAAUGAAUUUGGAAUUGGGCUACCUGCUGAGGGCAAGGAAGGAGUUAAGAUCACAGAGAAACCAAGUCCUCCUGAGAAGCUUGGAGUGACCGAAGUUACCAAGGAAAGUGUUUCUCUGUCAUGGCUGAAACCAGAGCAUGAUGGUGGAAGUAGAGUUGUUGGCUAUGUGGUUGAAGCGCUGGAGAAGGGCCAGCAGAAGUGGGUUAAGUGUGCUGUUGUGAAAACAACUCAUUAUGUCAUCCAUGGCCUGAAGGAGAAUACUGAAUAUUUCUUCCGCGUGAGCGCAGAAAAUCAGGCAGGAAUGAGUGAUCCUAAAGAGAUGGUCCUCCCUGUGAUGGUUAAAGAUCAACUAGAAUCACCUGAAAUUGACAUGAAGAACUUCCCUCACAAUACGGUAUAUGUGAGAGCAGGAUCCAAUCUUAAAUUUGAAAUUCCACUCUCUGGCAAGCCUUUGCCAAAGAUCACCCUCUCCAAAGACAACGUGCCAGUGAAGUCCACAAUGAGGUUCAACACCGAGACCACAGCCGACAGCCUCAUCAUCAACCUGAAGGAGAGCGUGGCUGCCGACGCGGGACGAUACGACAUUACCGCCUCCAACUCCAGCGGAACCACUAAGUCGUUUGUGAACAUUGUCGUCCUGGACAGGCCCGGCCCUCCAGUGGGUCCAGUGGAGAUCAGUGAUGUGACUGAAGACAGUGUCACCCUGAGGUGGCAGCCCCCAGUCUAUGAUGGUGGCAGUCAAGUAACAAACUACAUAGUCCUGAAACGUGAAACGAGCACAGCAGCCUGGUCAGAGGUCUCUGCCACUGUUGCAAGAAGCAUUGUCAAGGUGAUGAAGCUGACAACAGGAGAGGAGUACCAGUUCCGCAUUAAAGCUGAGAAUCGCUUUGGCAUCAGUGACCACAUUGACUCUGCCUGUGUCACAGUCAAGCUCCCUUACACCAUCCCUGGACCACCAUCCACUCCUUGGGUCACAAGUGUCACAAGGGAACAGAUCACAGUCAACUGGCAUGAGCCUGUGUCUGACGGUGGCAACGCUGUCAUCGGCUAUCACCUGGAGAUGAAAGACAGAAACAGCAUUCUGUGGCAGAAAGUCAGCAAGACGAUCAUCCGCACAACGCACUUCAAAGUCACCAAUAUCAGCGCAGGCCUCAUCUAUGAGUUCAGAGUGACGGCUGAAAAUGCUGCUGGUGUUGGCAAAGUCAGCCAUGCUUCUGAGCCAGUGCUGGCAAUCGAUGCCUGUGAACCACCCACAAACGUACGUGUGGUUGACAUUACAAAGAACUCCAUUGGCCUUGCAUGGCAGAAGCCUGCCUAUGAUGGAGGUAGCAAGAUCACAGGAUACAUUGUGGAGAAGCGAGAUGUGCCCAAUGGCAGAUGGACAAAGGCCAGCUUUACCAACGUCAUUGAAACUAACUUCACCACCACCGGCUUGACUCAUGACAGCAAAUAUGAGUUCAGAGUGUUUGCCAAGAAUGCCAUUGGCUCUGUGAGCAAUCCCUCAUUAAUUGUUGGCCCUGUCACAUGUGUGGACACGUAUGGUGCUCCAGAGAUUGACUUGCCUCCUGAGUACCUAGAUGUGGUCAAAUACAAAGCUGGCACAGCAGUAAAGAUCAAGGUGGGCAUCAUUGCCAAGCCUCUGCCAACAAUUGAGUGGUACAGGAACGGAAAGGAGCUGGAGACCAGUGCACAGGUGUCCAUUGAAAGUACAACAGACGCGUCAUCCAUUCUCAUCAAGGAUGCCACUCGUCUCAAUAGUGGAAACUAUGAAAUCAGACUCAAGAAUUCCAUGGGCUCUGCAUCAGCUACCAUCCGAGUUCAGAUUUUGGAUAAGCCCGGUCCCCCUGCUGGAAUAAUACAAAUGAAGACUGUGACUGCUGAGAAGAUCACAUUCAUGUGGGAACCUCCAGCUGAUGAAGGCGGUGCGUCUGUCACCCACUACAUCGUGGAGAAGCGGGAGACAAGUCGAGUCGUGUGGUCUCUGAUUUCAGAUAAGCAGCAGGAAUGCCUCGUUUCUGUACAGAAGCUUGUGAAAGGAAAUGAAUACAUCUUCCGUGUCAGAGGUGUAAACAAAUAUGGAGUAGGUGACCCUCUGGAAUCUGAACCAGUUAUUGCCAAGAAUGCCUUUGUAACACCGGGUCAACCUAGUGUCCCUGAGGUCACAAUGAUUACCAAAUCAACAAUGACAGUGGUAUGGAACCGGCCUUCUGUGGAUGGUGGCAGUGAUAUUAAUGGAUACUACCUGGAGAAACGUGAAAAGAAGAGUCUGAGAUGGUUUAAGGUCAUUAAGGAGACCAUCCGUGACACUCGACAGAAAGCAUCCGGCCUGACGGAGGGAAGCGAGUAUCAGUACCGAGUCAGUGCUGUUAAUGCUGCUGGAGAAGGUCCAUUCUCUGAUGCUUCAGAUUUCUAUAAGGCUGCUGACCCAAUAGAUCCACCAGGAGAGCCUACAAAACUGAAGGUUGUGGACUCAACCAAAUCAUCGAUUACCCUUGAAUGGGUGAAGCCAGUCUAUGAUGGAGGCAGCAACAUUACAGGCUAUGUUGUGGAGAAGAGGGAGCAAGGUGAAGAGGGCUGGACCACGAUCAGCUCAAAGGGUGAAAUCAGAACCACAGAGUAUGUUGUUUCACAUCUGAAACCGGGUAUAAAUUACUUCUUCCGAGUAGCAGCUUUGAACUGUGCUGGAACUGGAGAGCCCCUCGAGAUGACAGAGCCAGUACAGGCUAAAGAUAUCAUUGAGGAAUGCGAGAUUGACCUUGAUGUGGCACUCAGAACACAGAUCACAGCUAAAGCAGGAGAAAAUGUGGAAGUCUUGAUUCCAUUCAAAGGCAGGCCUGCACCAAAUGUCACCUGGAGAAAAGGAGAGAAGAACAUCACUCAGGAUCCAAGAUAUAACAUCAGUAACACUGAAUCCUCUACACUUCUCUCAAUUGGACAAGUCACUCGUGAUGAUUCUGGCAAAUACGUCCUCAGCAUUGAAAAUGGAGUGGGCGAGCCCAAAACUUCAUUUGUUAACAUUAAGGUAUUUGACACACCAGGACCUUGUCAGAAGCUGAUAGUCAAGCACGUAAGUCGUGGAAACGUCACUUUGGCUUGGGAGCCUCCACUUAUCAAUGGAGGUUCUGAAAUUACCAAUUAUGUUAUUGAGAAGAGAGACGCUACCAAGAGGGCAUACUCCUCCGUGACCACUAAGUGUGCUCAUACAACAUUUAAAAUAUCUGGCCUUUCCGAGAAGACUCCCUUCUUUUUCCGUGUCUUGGCUGAAAAUGAAACUGGAUUGGGUGAGCCAUGUGAAACAGCUGAGCCUGUUAAGGCCACUGAAGUCCCUGGACCCAUCAAAGAUCUCUCCAUGAAAGAUUCCACUAAGACAUCUGUUGUGCUACAGUGGAGCAAGCCUGAUUACGAUGGUGGCAGCAUCAUCUCCGACUAUAUCAUUGAAAAGAAACUGAAGGAUGAGCAGGAGUGGUCUCCAGCAGGCGCCAGCAAGGCAUGCGAGUUUGAGGCUACCAAACUCAAAGAACUUUCUGUCAUGGACUUUAGAGUAUGUGCAAGGAAUGAGAAGGGACAGAGCGACUUUACUCAAGUUGGACCAAUUACUGUCAAAGACUAUGUCAUUCCACCUGAGGCUGACUUGUCUGAAAUUUCAAGUGGGCAGCUGAACGUACGCAUUGGACACAAUGUCCACAUAGAGCUGCCAUACAAAGGUAAACCCAGACCAACUAUGCAGUGGCUAAAGGACAGCCUGCCACUUAAAGAAAGCGAGCAGGUUCGCUUCAAGAAAACAGAGAAUAAAGUAUCCCUGAACAUCAAAAAUGUCAAGAAAGAAAACGGUGGAAAAUACACUUUAGUCCUUGAUAACGGCGUCUGCAGGAAGUCAUUCAACAUUGUGGUGAUCACCCUUGGGUCACCAUCCAAGCCAAAGGGACCAAUUCGGUUUGAUGAAAUUAGAGCAGACAGUGUUAUCCUCUCAUGGGAUGCUCCAGAUGAUGAUGGUGGUGGAGAGAUUACCUGCUACACAGUGGAGAAGCGGGAGACAUCCCAGACAGCUUGGAAGAUGGUCUGCUCAAGUGUGGCUAGGACAACAUUCAAGGUUACCAACCUUGUCCAAGGAACAGAGUACCAAUUUAGAAUUCGAGCUGAGAAUAAGUAUGGAGUAAGUCCAGGACUUCUGUCACCUGAUAUAGUGGCCAGACAUCAAUUCCGUCCUCCAGGUCCUCCUGGAAAACCAGUUGUGUAUAACAUCACCUCUGAUGGCAUGUCCAUUCAGUGGGAUGCCCCAGUGUACGACGGAGGCUCUGAAGUCAUUGGAUUCCACGUUGAGAAGAAAGAACGAAACAGCAUCUUGUGGCAGAAGGUAAACACCAAUCCUAUCUCUGCAAGAGAGUACAGAAUAACUGGCCUCAUUGAAGGACUUGACUACCAGUUCAAAGUGUAUGCAGAAAACACUGCCGGCCUCAGCCCUGCCAGCGAGCCAAGCAAAAUGACAUUGGCUGUUUCACCUGUUGAUCCACCUGGCACACCUGAUUACAUUGAUGUCACCAGAGAGUCUGUCACUCUGAAGUGGGAGCCACCCCUGAGGGAUGGAGGCAGCAAGAUUGUCGCCUACAGUGUAGAGAAACGCCAAGGAAAAGGACGCUGGCUAAGAUGCAACUUCACAGAUAUUUCUGAGUGCCAGUACGCAGUCACUGGCUUAUCUGCUGGCGACCGUUAUGAAUUCAGAAUUAUAGCCAGGAAUGCCGUGGGCACGGUCAGCCCUCCAUCUCAGUCAUCUGGAUACAUCAUGACAAGAGACGAGAGCGUGGCACCAAAUAUUGAAUUUGGAGCAGAACAUUUUGAAGGUCUCACUGUCAAAGCUGGAGAAAGUAUCCGUCUGAAGGUCUCCGUUACAGGUCGUCCAGUGCCUCAGGUGACAUGGUUCAAGGAUGGAAAAGAAAUUGACAAGAAAAUGGCCAUUGAUGUGACUACUGUUAUUGGCAGCAGCAGUAUCUUCAUUAGAGAUUCUGACCGUAGCCACCGUGGAGUGUACUCUGUAGAGGCUAAGAGCUCUUCGGGGACAAAGAAAGUAGACAUUAAUGUGCGGGUUCAUGACACUCCUGGACCACCUGCAGGACAAAUAAGAUUUAGCAACAUCACUGGAGAAAAAGCCACUUUGUACUGGGACGCACCAGAUAAUGAUGGCUGUGCUGCCAUUACACAUUAUGUGAUUGAAAAGCGUGAGACCACAAGAAUCUCCUGGGCCCUUGUUACCGACAACUGUGAAGCCUGCUCCCACACUAUCACUAAGCUGAUUAAGGGCAAUGAAUACCAGUUCCGCAUAUCGGCCGUCAACAAGUUUGGUGUUGGCAGACCUUUGGACUCUGAGCCCAUCGUUGCCCAGAUUCAGUACACUGUUCCAGAUGCUCCUGGCACACCUGAUGCCACUCACGUCACAGGAGACAGCAUCACACUCACAUGGACACGGCCAAGGACAGAUGGUGGAAAUGAAAUCAAACAUUACAUUCUCGAGAGACGUGAGAAGAAGAGCUUGAGAUGGGUGAAGGUCUCCAGCAAGAGGCCAAUCACAGAGACAAGAUACAGAGUAACAGGCCUGACAGAAGGAAAUGAAUACGAGUUCCAGGUCAUGGCAGAAAAUGGAGCUGGUGUUGGACCUGCGAGCAGCACAUCUCGACUGAUCAAGUGCAGAGAACCUACCAGCACACCAAGCGCUCCAACUGUCGUCAAAGUCACAGAUACCACAAAAUCAUCAGUAAGCUUAGAGUGGACCAAGCCUGUCUUUGAUGGUGGAAUGGAAAUCAUUGGCUACAUCAUUGAAAAAUGUAAGGCAAGCCUUGAUGACUGGCACAAAGUAAACCUAGAAACAUGCAUCAACACUAAAUUCACUGUGACUGAACUGGAAGCUGGAGAAGAAUACAAGUUCAGAGUGAGAGCAGUCAAUGGUGCAGGUAAAGGAGAACCCUGCGAGGUGUCUAACCCAGUACAAGCUGUGGACAGACUCACUUCACCUGAAAUUGACAUUGACGCCAGCUUCAAGCAGACACACAUUGUCAGAGCUGGAGGUACCGUCCACUUGCACAUUGCUUUCCGAGGAAGACCUGCCCCUGUCGCAACUUGGACAAAGGCUGGAUCUGAGCUCGGAGUCAGAACCGAUGUCCAGACAACAGAAACAUAUAGCACUCUUACCAUUGAGAAUUGCACCAGAUAUGACUCUGGAAAGUUCACUCUUGCCCUUGAAAACAAUAGUGGCACCAAGUCGAUCACCUUCACUGUGAAAGUUCUAGAUACACCCGGACCUUGUGGCCCCAUAACAUUUAAGGAUGUGACCAGAGGCUCUAUCACCCUGAUGUGGGACGCCCCAGUUAAUGAUGGAGGAUCACGCAUCCGCCACUACAUUGUCGAGAAGCGGGAAGCUAGCCGUCGUAGCUGGCAAGAAGUGAGCGGAAAAUGCACUCGCCAGAUCCUCAGAGUAGGUGACCUGGCAGAAGGUGUACCUUACUUCUUCAGAGUCAUUGCUGAAAAUGAAUAUGGUCCCGGAGAGCCAUGUGAAAAUGUGGAUCCAAUUGUCGCCACUGAGGAGCCUGCCCCACCAAAGAGACUAGAUAUCGUCGAUACAAGCAAGACAUCUGCCACCUUGGCUUGGGUGAAACCAGAUCAUGAUGGUGGAAGCCGCAUCAAUUUCUAUGUUAUUGAAGCUAAACAAAAAGGUGCAGAUCACUGGGUGUCUGUCGGUCAGACUAAAGCUUUGAGCCUGGUUAUUGAAGGAUUAGUUGAAAACACUGAAUAUGAAUUCCGGGUCAAGGCCAGAAAUGAUGCUGGCUUUAGUGAGCCAAGAGAGGCCUUCUCAUCUGUCAUCAUCAAAGAACCACAGAUAGAACCCACAGCAGAUUUGAGUGGAAUCACCAACCAACUAAUCACAUGCAAAGCUGGAAGCACAUUCACAAUUGAUAUUCCAAUUAGCGGACGGCCUGUUCCUAAAGUAACCUGGAAGCUUGAAGAGAUCAGGCUGAAGGAGACUGAGAGAGUGAACAUCAAAACCACUAAAGACAGAACAACUCUCAUCGUGAAGGACAGCAUGCGAGCCGACUCUGGAAAGUAUUACCUUGUGUUGGAGAAUGUGACAGGCGUGAAGACCUUCACCGUUACUGUCAAUGUUAUUGGACGACCAGGUCCACCAUCUGGCCCAAUUGAAGUGUCAUCCAUUUCCUCUGAAUCAUGCGUACUAAAUUGGCAAGAACCUGAAGAUGACGGUGGAACGGAAAUAACCAACUACAUAGUUGAGAAGCGUGAGUCUGGAACGACUGCAUGGCAGCUGGUGAAUUCCAGCGUGAAGCGUACGCAGAUCAAGGUCACUCAUCUCACGAAAUACAUGGAGUACACAUUCCGAGUUUCUGCUGAAAACCGAUUUGGUGUGAGCAAGCCAAUUGAAUCCACACCAAUUGUGGCUGAGCAUCCAUUUAUUCCACCAAGUUCACCUACUAGACCUGAAGUACUAUCGGUCACUGCAACAUCUAUGGCCAUACGCUGGGAAGAACCAUACCAUGAUGGUGGCAGCAAAGUCACGGGCUACUGGAUUGAGAAAAAGGAAAGAAACACCAUCCUGUGGGUCAAGGAAAACAAGAUCCCAUGUCUUGAGUGCCAUUAUAGAAUCUCAACUCUGGUUGAAGGCUUGGAGUACCAGUUCAGAGUUUACGCCAUGAAUGCUGCUGGAAUAAGCAAACCUAGUGAAGCUUCCAGACCAGUCAUGGCCCAGAAUGCAGUUGACCCCCCAACCAAACUGGAGGUGACAGAUGUAUCUCGCUCCACUGUAUCUCUGAAAUGGAAUGUUCCAUUCAAUGAUGGAGGAAGCAAGAUUGUGGGCUACAUUAUCGAGCGCAAGCCUUACAAUGAAACUGGCGAGGGUCGCUGGUUGAAGUGCAACUACACCACUGUCACAGACACCUUCUUCACAGUGACAGCUCUUGGCGAAGGAGAAGUGUAUGAAUUCCGUGUCCUGGCAAAGAAUGGUGCUGGCGUCAUCAGUGCCCCAUCUGAAUCUACAGGAGCCGUUACUUGCAAAGAUGAAUAUACACCUCCCAAAGCCGAACUAGACAGCAAACUUCUGGGAGAGGUUGUCACCAUCAGAGCUGGAUCAGACCUUGUGCUGGAUGCUACAGUUGGAGGCAAACCUGACCCAAAAGUCUAUUGGGCCAAGGGAGACAAAGAGUUGGAAUUGUGUGAGAAGAUUUCUUUGCAGUACACUAGCAAGCGGGCUUUGGCCAUCAUUAAAUUCUGUGACAGAAAUGACAGCGGAAGGUACAACCUCACUGUGAAAAAUGCCAGCGGAGUGAAAACGGUUUCUGUUUGCGUUAAAGUCCUUGAUACACCUGGGCCUUGUGAUGACAAGAUCACCAUAAGCCGGGUUACUCAGGAGAAGUGUACCUUAUCCUGGAGGAUACCUUCAGAGGAUGGAGGUGCACCAGUUACUCACUACAUUGUAGAAAGACGAGAAACAAGCCGACUGAACUGGGUCAUCAUGGAGGCCGAAUGCAAGACACUGUCAUGCGUGGUCACUCGCCUGAUUAAAAACAACGAGUACAUCUUCAGAAUCCGAGCUGUCAACAAGUAUGGACCUGGUGUGCCACUUGAGUCUGAACCCAUUUUUGCCAGAAACGCAUUCACUAUCCCAUCAGCUCCAGGAGCCCCUGAAAUAGUGGGUGUUGGAAAGGAACACGUCAUUAUUGAAUGGCUGAAGCCCGAGACUGAUGGCGGCAGUGAAAUCAUCAACUACCUGGUGGACAAACGUGAAAAGAAGAGUGUGCGCUGGACAAGAGUUAACAGAGAUUUCAUUAUCUAUGACACCAGAUUUAAGGUGACUAACCUUUUGGAAGGAAGUGAAUACCAAUUCAGAGUCAGUGCCAUGAAUGCCGCAGGCAACAGCGAGCCCAGUGAUGCCUCUUUCUAUGCUUUCUGCAGGGAUCCAACAUAUACUCCUGCUGCACCAUCUAUUCCAAGAGUUGUUGACACAACUAAGCACAGCAUCAGCUUAGCUUGGACUCGACCUAUGUAUGAUGGAGGUGCAGAUGUCAUUGGAUAUGUUUUGGAAACAAAAGAAGAAGGUACUGAGCAGUGGUAUAGACCUCACACCACAGCCACCUUGAGAAAUACAGAAUUUACCAUCACUUCUCUUGUGACUGCUAAGAAAUACUGUUUCCGAGUGGCAGCCGUCAAUGUCAAUGGAAUUGGAGAAUACAGUGAAUCAUCGGCUGAAAUUGAGCCGGUGGAGAGAACCGAAACUCCAGAUCUUGAGCUUGCAGAUGAUCUGAAGAAGACAGUCACUCUUAGAGCCGGCGUAACUCUGCGACUUAUGGUCUCGGUAACUGGAAGGCCAGCUCCCAUCAUCAACUGGAGUAAACCUGGUGUAGACCUUGCCAGUCGGGGAUUCAUUGACACAACCGACAGUUAUACAAUACUCACCGUCGAUAAAGUGAACCGUUAUGACGCUGGUAAAUACACCAUUGAAGCUGAGAAUUCCUUUGGCAAGAAGGCGGCCACAAUCCUUGUUAAAAUAUAUGAUACUCCUGGACCACCUGGAGCAGUAAAGAUUAAGGAGGUCACUAAAGACUCUGUCAUCAUUACAUGGGAGGUUCCACUGGUGGAUGGUGGAGCACCAGUCAACAACUAUAUCAUUGAGAGGCGAGAGGCCGCCAUGAGAGCUUAUAAGACAGUGACAACUAAGUGCAGCAAGACCCUCUACAGAAUUACUGGGCUCACAGAAGGAACCAUGUACUACUUCCGCGUUUUACCAGAAAACAUCUAUGGUAUUGGUGAGCCAUGCGAAACAGGUGAUGCUGUCCUUGUGUCUGAAGUCCCUAUGGUGCCACAGAAGCUGGAAGUGGUGGACAUAACCAAAUCUACUGUCACACUGGCCUGGGAGAAGCCUCUCCACGAUGGAGGAAGCAGGCUUACUGGCUAUGUGAUUGAAGCCUGCAAGGCUGGUACAGACAGGUGGAUGAAGGUUGCCAAUGUCAAGCCCACAACCUUGGAGCACACCAUCAUUUCCCUCAAUGAGUUGGAGCAGUACCUGUUCCGAGUCAGAGCAACAAACAGCAAGGGAGCAAGUGAGCCAAGAGAAAUUGUGACCGCUGUCACUGUGCAAGAACAAAGAGUUAUGCCUAAAAUUGACCUGGCUGGCAUUCCUCAGAAGACUGUUUGUGUACCAUGUGGAAGACCGAUUGAACUCAGCAUUCCUAUAAGCGGUCGUCCACCUCCUGCUGCCUCUUGGUACUUUGAAGAUUCCAAGAUGAGAGAAUCAGACCGUGUCAAGAUGGAGACAACUAGCAAACUAUGUAAGCUUACAGUUCGGGAGACCACCAUUGACGACACUGGCGAGUAUUUGCUGGAACUCAAGAACACAACUGGAACUACUUCAGAAACCAUCAAAGUGAUCAUUCUUGACAAGCCUGCAGCACCUACCGGCCCUAUCCGAAUCGAUGAGAUAGAUGCCACAUCUGUCAGCAUCAGCUGGGAUUCACCCUCAAAAGAUGGUGGUGCUGCAAUCAGUGGCUAUGUUGUGGAGCAGCGCGAUGCUCAUCGUCCAGGAUGGUUGCCUGUGUCUGAAUCUGUGACAAGGACAAUGUUUAAAUUCACCAGACUAAAUGAAGGCACAGAAUACGUCUUCCGUGUUGCAGCCACAAACCGCUUUGGCAUUGGCUCUUUCUUGCAGUCUGAAAUCGUAGAAUGCAAGAGUGCCAUCAAUAUUCCUGGACCACCUGGAACACCCGAAGUUUUAGAUAUAUCUCGUGAUGGUAUGACAAUCACCUGGUAUCCUCCAGAGGAAGAUGGUGGCUCUGCAGUUUCAGGAUACAUUGUUGAACGCAAGGAAGUGAGAGCUGACAGAUGGGUGCGUUGUAACAAGGUCGCUGUCACAAUGACAAGGUAUAGGUCUACUGGUCUUAUUGAAGGCCUGGAAUAUGAACACAGAGUGACGGCUAUCAAUGCAAGAGGCUCAGGCAAACCCAGCCGACCUUCCAAGCCAGCAGUUGCAAUGGAUCCCAUCGAGCCACCUGGCAAACCCCAGAAUCCAAGAGUCACGGAUUCAACAAGAACAUCUGUUUCAUUGGCUUGGAGCCCACCUGAUGAGGAAGGAGGCUCAAAGGUCACCGGCUAUCUGAUUGAAAUGCAGAAGGUCGAUCAGUAUGAUUGGAUCAAGUGCAAUACAACUCCCACUAAAAUCUGUGAAUACACACUGACGCAUAUGCCACAGGGAGCAGAGUACCGGUUCCGUAUAAUGGCAUGCAAUGCUGGAGGACCUGGCGAACCCGCAGAUGUUCCUGGAACAGUUAAAGUUACAGAAAUGCUUGAAUAUCCUGACUACGAUCUGGAUCCAAAAUACCAGGAAGGCCUUGUUGUCAGACAAGGUAGUGUCAUCCGGCUAUCAGUGCCAAUUAAGGGCAAGCCAAUUCCAGUGUGCAAGUGGACCAAGGAAGGCCGUGAUGUUAGCAGCAGAGCCAUGAUUGCAACAUCUGAAACAAUCACAGAGCUUGUCAUCAAGGAAUGUGACAGAGAUGACACUGGCACCUAUGAUUUGGUGUUGGAGAAUAAGUGUGGCAAGAAGGCUGUCUACAUCAAAGUGAAAGUAAUUGGGCAGCCAGACAGUCCUGAAGGUCCACUGGAAUUUGAUGACAUUCAGGCUCGUUCAGUAAGAGUGAGCUGGAGAGCACCAGCUGACGAUGGAGGCUCUGACAUCCUUGGCUACAUCAUUGAGAGACGAGAAGUACCUAAAGCAGCCUGGUGCACUGUUGACUCUCGGGUGAAGGAGACUUCUUACAUUGUUAAGGGUCUGAAGGAGAAUGUUGAGUAUCACUUUAGAGUCUCGGCUGAAAACCAGUUUGGCAUCAGUAAAUCUCUGAAGUCAGAAGAAUCAGUCAUUCCCAAAACACCACUUUCUCCACCUGAACCUCCAAGCAAUCCACCAGAGAUCUUGGAUAUAACCAAGAGUUCUGUGAGCCUGUCAUGGUCAAGACCAAAAGAUGAUGGUGGUUCACGUGUUAUCGGUUAUUUCAUUGACCGCAAAGAGAUUUCUACAGAUAAAUGGGUUAGACACAACAAGACUCACAUUACUACGACAAUGUACACGGUGACAGGCCUUGUUCCUGAUGCAGAAUACCAGUUCCGUGUUAUUGCCCAAAAUGAUAUUGGCUCAAGUGAACCUGGCCCAUCAUCUGAAACUGUUCUUUGCAAGGAUCCAUUUGACAAACCAAGCCACCCAGGAGAAAUUGAAGUGAUUUCGGUCACCAAAGACAGCAUCACUAUUCACUGGGAGAGGCCAGAAUGUGACGGAGGCAAAGAGGUCCUGGGAUACUGGAUUGAGUAUCGCCAGUCUGGCGACAGUGCUUGGAAAAAGUGCAACAAAGAACGUACAAAGGAUCGACAGUUCACCAUGGGUGGCCUCCAGGAAGCAACAGAGUAUGAAUUCCGUGUCUUUGCAGAAAAUGAGACUGGAGUCAGCCGGCCACGCAGAACAGCUAUUGCCAUCAAGACAAAAUUGACUUCUGGAGAAGCACCAUGUAUUAGACAGGAAAUGCAGGAUGUCACCACAAAGUUGGGUGAGGCAGGCCAGCUCACUUGCCAGAUCAUCGGUAGACCACUACCUGAUAUUAAAUGGUACAGAUACGGCAAAGAACUCAUACAGAGCCGCAAAUACAAAAUGAGCUCUGAUGGGCGCAACCAUUCAUUGACCAUCAUCACAGAGGAACAGGAAGACGAAGGAUUGUAUACUUGCAGAGCCAUCAAUGAUGUGGGUGAGAUUGAGAGCAGUGGAAAACUCUUCCUUCAGGCUGCACCUCAGUUCCAUCCUGGAUUCCCACUGAAGGAGAAAUAUUAUGCAAGUGCCGGCACAAGUCUGCGUCUGCAUGUCGUUUACAUUGGCCGUCCAGUACCUGCUAUCUUGUGGUUCCAUGCCAAGAAACCCUUGAAAGAUUCAGAAACUGUUACAGUUGAAAACACUGAACAUUACACACAUCUUGUGAUCAGGAAUGUGCAACGCAAGGCCCACACAGGAAAAUACAAAGUGCAGCUCAGCAACAUCUUGGGCACUGUUGAUACAGUUCUCAGUGUUGAAGUCCAAGAUAAACCCAGCAUCCCAGAAGGACCAAUCGUGGUCGAUGCCCUGUUGAAGAACUCGGUUAUAAUUAGCUGGAAACCACCAAGUGAUGAUGGUGGCGCCAUGAUUACCAACUACAUUGUUGAGAAACGUGAGGCUAAGGAAGGAGAGCAGUGGCACCUUGUCUCCUCAGCAAUUUCUGGCACAUCUUGCAGAAUUGUGAACCUUACAGAAAAUGCAGGCUACUAUUUCAGAGUGUCUGCACAAAACCAGUUUGGUAUCAGCGAAACUCUGGAGAUACCUUCAAUUGUUGUUAUUAAGAGUCCGUUUGAGAAACCUGGAAUUCCACACACUCCAGUGGUAACUGGAAUAACAAAGGAUUCAUGUGUUGUUUCCUGGAAACCUCCUGCCAGCGAUGGCGGUGCAAAGAUUAGAAACUACUAUCUUGAGAAGCGUGAAAAGAAACAGAACAAAUGGAUUGCUGUGACAACUGAGGAGAUCCAUGAAACCGUGUAUACUGUUAAGGGCCUGAUUGAAGGCUUGGAAUACGAGUUCCGUGUGAAAUGUGAGAACCUUGGAGGUGAAAGCGACUGGAGUGAAAUCUCUGAACCCAUUAUUCCAAAGUCUGAUGUAGCUAUUCGGGCACCACAGUUCAAAGAGGAACUGAGAAACCUGAACGUGAAGUACAAGAGCAAUGCUACCUUUGUGGUAAAGAUUGUGGGACAUCCCAAGCCCGUGGUGAAAUGGUUCAAACAAGGCAAAGAAAUAAUGCCUGAUGGAGAGAAAGUCAAAAUCCAAGAAUUCAAAGGAGGAUACUACCAACUUGUCAUCACAGCAGUUACUGAAGAGGACUCUACUGUAUACCAGGUCAGGGCCACUAACCAAGGAGGAUCAAUUUCAGCUACCGUCUCCUUGGAUGUGGAAGUUCCUGCCAAGAUUCACCUUCCAAAGCAUCUGGAAGGUAUGGGAGCUGUCCACGCCCUUCGAGGAGAAGUGGUCAGCAUUAAGAUUCCUUUCAGUGGACGGCCUGAUCCAGUAAUUACCUGGCAAAAAGGACAAGAUCUUAUUGAUAACAAUGGUCACUACCAAGUUAUUGUUACAAGAUCAUUCACAUCACUUGUUUUCCCCAACGGAGUAGACAGAAAGGAUGCUGGUUUCUACAUUGUCUGUGCCAAGAACAGGUUUGGCAUUGACCAGCAAACUGUUGAAUUGGAUGUUGCGGAUGUACCUGAUCCACCAAGAGGAAUCAAAGCUAGUGACAUAUCAAGGGAUUCUGUGACACUGACCUGGAGUGCCCCAGCCAAUGAUGGAGGAAGUAAAGUUACUAACUACAUCAUUGAAAAAUGUGCCACCACCGCUGAAAGAUGGAUCCGUGUUGCCCAGGCACGUGACACACACUACACAGUUAUUAAUCUGUUUGGCAAGACAAGCUAUCAGUUCCGUGUGAUUGCAGAAAACAAAUUUGGCCAGAGUCAGCCAUCUGAACCAACUGAUCCUGUUGUCACAAAGGAAGAUAAAACAAGAAUGCUUAAUUACGAUGAAGAGGUUGAUGAGACAAGGCAAAUACCAUCAAGCAAAGCACCUCACUCAUCCACCAAAGAACUACACAACAAGUACAUGAUCGCUGAAGAACUGGGCCGUGGUCAGUUUGGCAUUGUUCAUCGUUGUGUUGAAGUCAGCUCCAAGAAGACCUUCAUGGCCAAAUUUGCCAAAGUGAAGGGUGCUGAUCAGGCUUUGAUAAAGAAGGAGAUUGCAACCUUUAACAUUGCUCGUCACAGGAGCUUCCUAUAUCUCCACGAGUCAUUUGAUAGCCUUGAGGAGCUGGUCAUGAUAUUCGAGUUCAUUUCGGGUGUGGACAUCUUUGAACGCUUGAACAUUACAGGCUUUGAUCUGAACGAAAGGGAAAUUGUUACAUACAUUCGGCAAGUGUGCGAAGGACUGGAAUAUUUGCAUGGCCAGAGUGUGGGACACUUUGACAUCAGGCCCGAGAAUAUUGUUUACACUACAAGAAAGAGCAGUUUCGUUAAGAUCAUUGAGUUAGGCCAAGCCCGACAACUGAAACCAGGUGAUAACCUGAGAAUUCAGUUCACCGCACCCGAGUACUGUGCUCCUGAGAUCCAUCUACACGAUAUGGUCAGCUCUGUCACUGACAUGUGGUCAGUCGGUACUCUUGUCUAUGUUUUGCUCAGCGGUCUUAACCCAUUCAUUGCUGAGACCAAUCAGCAAACAAUUGAAAACAUUUGUAACGCUGAGUACAGUUUUGAUGAUGAAGUAUUUAAAGAGGUGAGCCUAGAAUCACUUGACUUCAUUGACCGUCUCUUGGUGAAGGAGCGCAAGCCUCGUAUGACAGCUGCUGAAGCCCUUGAACAUCCAUGGCUCAAGCAAAAGACAGAGAGGAUCAGCACAAAAUCCAUUAAGACUUUGAGACACCGACGGUACUACCAAACCCUAGUUAAAAAGGAGUGGAACGUAGUUGUUUCAUCAGCCCGUAUUGCUUCAGGUGGCGCUAUUAGAAGUCAGAGAGGAGUCACUGUGGCCAAAGUCAAAGUUGCUCCAAUAGAAAUUGGCCCACUUUCAGGACAGGUUCUACACGCUGUUUCUGAAGAAGGUGGUCAUGCCAAAUAUGUGUGCAAGAUUGAGAACUAUGAUCAGUCAACAGAAGUGACCUGGUACUAUGGAGUGAGACAACUUGAGAGCAGUGACAAAUACGAGAUUAGCUAUCAAGACGGCGUCGCCACCAUAUAUGUAAAAGAUAUUAACAGAUCUGAUGAUGGAACCUACAGAUGCAAAGUAGUCAAUGACUAUGGAGAGGACAGCUCCUAUGCAGAGCUGUUUGUCUCUGGGGUCAGAGAUUAUCGUGAAUACUUCGUGGGACGCACUGUGAAGAAAGUGAAGCGCCGUGUAGAUACUUCCAGGCUUCUUGAAAGGCCACCAGAGUUUACUCUGCCUUUGUUCAAUCGCACUGCCUACAUUGGUGAAAAUGUACGGUUUGGAGUGACCAUCACUGUCCAUCCAGAACCUCGCGUAACCUGGCUGAAGUCUGGACAGAGAAUCAAACCAGGUGAUGAUGAUAAGAAAUACACUUUUGAAACUGACAAAGGUCUGUAUCAGCUGAUCAUUCACAAUCUUCAGCCAGAAGAUGAUGCAGAAUACACCGUUGUAGCAAAGAACAGAUUUGGUGAAGACAGCUGCAAGGCAAGGCUGACUGUUGUACCUCACCCAGUUGUAAUUGAUAACACAAUGAGGCCAAUGUUCAAACGCUUGCUUGCAAAUGCAGAAUGUCAAGAAGGGCAGAGUGUCCGCUUUGAGGUGAGGGUCUCUGGAACACCAGUUCCAUCCCUGAAAUGGGAGAAGGAUGGCACUCAAUUAGCAUUCGGCCCACAAGUCGAAGUUGUUCACGAGGGCUUAGAUUACUAUGUGCUCCAUAUUCGUGACACACUUCCUGAAGACUCUGGUACAUACAGAGUCACAGCUACCAACUCAGCUGGGUCUAGUAGCUGUCAGGCCUAUCUGAAGGUGGAACGCAUUACGUAUAAAAAACGGGAGUACAAGAGUGAGGAGGAAAGACAGGAGCAUGUAAAGAAGCAAAUCGACAAGACUUUAAGAAUGGCUGAAAUCCUUGCUGGAGUAGAGGCUGUGCCCCUCACUCCUGUAGCACAGGAGGCAUUAAGAGAAGCUGCAAUUCUGUAUAAGCCAGCUGUAAGCACAAAACAUGUCAAGGGCGAGUACGAAAUCUCCAAAGAAGAAAAGAAAAAGCGAGAGGAGGAGAAGAGGCUCAGAAUGCCAUAUGAUAUCCCAGAGCCACGUGUGCAUGCACCAACUGUUCUGGAAGAGGACCCAGAGAUUAAACAAUUUGUUCCUCUCUCAGACAUGAAAUGGUACAAAAAGCUGCGUGACCAAUAUGAAAUGCCAGAGCCCAUGGAGAGAAUUGUUCAGAAGCGACCAAAACGUAUUCGCCUCUCGAGGUGGGAACAGUUCUAUGUCAUGCCUCUGCCACGAUUUACUGACCAGUACAAGCCUAAGUGGCGCAUUCCAAAGAUCUCCCAAGAUGAUCUGGAGGUUGUGAGACCUGCAAGACUUAGGACACCAUCUCCUGAUUAUGAACUUUAUUACAGACCAAGAAGAAGGUCCCUGGGAGACCUGUCUGAUGAAGAGCUGUUGCUGCCAGUUGAUGACUAUUUGUCAAUGAAGCGUACAGAGGAGGAAAGACUACGCUUGGAAGAAGAGCUUGAACUUGGCUUCUCUGCCUCCCCUCCCAGUCGCAGUCCAGUCCGCUUUGAGUUAUCAUCGCUGCGUCAUCCUUCACCAAGAGCCAGAGUAGCCCUUGAAGAGAGUGAGGAGGAAGAGGAGGAAGUUUCCAAAUACACAACAUAUCGCAUACCAUCAAAAUAUGAAGCCGGUCCAAGCUAUGCUGACCUCCGUGAGCGCUAUGACAAGGUGGUAUACAGACCUCCAAGGCAGAAGCAGAGAGUGUUUGAAGAUAAGGAAGAUGAGGAGCUCCUCCGUCCUGUUGCUACCACACAAAGACUUGCUGCAUACAAAAGCGAAAUGAAGCGUAUUGAACAAGAAGAAAAGACACGGGUGUCUAGACGAGAGAGAGAAGUUGUGUAUGUUAGUGGAGAAACUGUGGAGGGCACUGAAAUAAAAGAAGUCCGCACCAAGUCCCCAUCUGUCUCACAUUUGCUCAGAAGGCGGCGCUCACUGUCACCAACAUAUAUUGAGCUAAUGCGUCCUGUAUCGGAACUAAUAAAGCCUCGCACACGACCAGCAACUGUGGAACCCGAGACAGAAGUAACAGAACGAAGAUCUCCCACCCCAGAACGAACCCGGCCACGAUCUCCCAGUCCUGUGUCUAGUGAGCGCUCUGCUUCCCGAUUCGAGAGGACAGCAAGAUUUGACAUCUUCUCCAGAUAUGAAUCAAGGAAAGCUGCUUUAAAAACAGAGAGGAAAUAUGAAGUUGUCAGCCAGCAGCCAUUUAGUCUUGAUCAUGCUCCACGCAUAACACUAAGGAUGAGGUCUCACCGUGUGCCUUCUGGUCAAACCACCAGAUUCACUUUAAAUGUCCAGUCCAAGCCAGCACCUGAAAUAAAAUGGUACCAUAAUGGAAAAGAGAUUGAGGAAAGUAGCAAAUACCGCUUCACCAACAUGAGUGGUGUUCUGACCCUGGAAGUUGUAGACUGCCAGAAAGAAGACACUGGGACAUACCGUGUCUGCUGCUCCAACCACAAGGGUGAUGCUUCCGACUAUGCCACACUUGAUGUAGCUGGAGGGGAAUAUUCAUCUUACUCUUCUCGUCGCAGGGAUGAGGAACCACCCGUGCAACUUGUCCCUGAUGUAACAAAAACAGAUGUCUACCAUGUGUCUAAAAUAAAGAAAACAACAUCCUCUGAGACAACUCUUGAGAUAAAAGAAACAAAGACAGAAAUCAGUGAGGCCAAGUACGAGGAGAAGAAAGUUAAGGCCCUGGAGGUUGAAGAGAAGGUUAUCCACGAGAAAGUGAAGACCACCUUGGCCGCCAGAAUCCUUACUAAACCUCAGUCCAUCACAGUUUCAGAAGGGGAUGCAGCCAGAUUUGCUUGUGAUAUUGAUGGGGAGCCAGCACCUACUGUGACAUGGCUACAUGCCGGCAAAACCAUUGUGACCUCCAAACGCCACCGGGUGACAACAACACAGUACAAGUCUACUUUUGAGAUUACAUCUGUUGAAUCAUCUGAUGAAGGCAGUUAUACAGUAGUAGUGGAAAAUGCAGAAGGAAAACAGGAGGCACAAUUUACUCUUACAAUCCGAAAGACAUCUGCAAAGGAGAAGGCCCUUACAUCUCCAGCCCGGGUGAAGUCUCCAGAACCUCAUGCGAAACCAGAUUCAUUUAAAUCUCCGAAACGAGUAAAGUCACCAGAACCACUUACAUCUCCCCGAAGAGUUAAAUCUCCACCACCUGCUAAAACUGCCGCUAGAGAAGGAAUACAGAUCCCCCCCCUUACUCCUCCAAAAAUUGUCAAAUUGCUGAAAGCUGAGGCAGUGGAGGACAAAGUGAAGUUUUCCUGUGCUGCUGAAAGCACACUCCUGAAUGUGAGAGAGGUCAUCUGGUACAAGGAUGGAAAGAAGCUGACUGAGAGCAGCCACCAUCAGUUCCAUUACUCUGCUGAUGGGAACUACAAUCUCACAAUUUUCAGCCUCUCAGAAGCUGACCAAGGUGAAUACUCAUGCGAAAUUGUGGGAGAAGGUGGAUCUUCCAGAACGUCAUUCGCCUUUGUGGGCCAAGCUUUCAAAGCAAUUUAUUCCAGCGUCACCAUGUACAAAGAAUCAAAGGCCUUGGCCUCUGCAGAGGAGGCUCGAGGACUUGCCGUGCACAAGAAAUCUUUAACAUCAAUGGAAGAGAAAUUUGAGAUUAAGGAGAAGCUAGUCAAAAAGGAAAUGGUAUAUGAGGAGACUAAGUCAUCGUAUCAAGAAACAAGGACAAGCCGCUCUCAGUUGACAGUGUCUGAUGGUCAGAGGGUAAUCUUGAAAGCCAACAUUCCUGGAGCCUCCACAGUGAAAUGGAUUCUUAAUGGAGUAGAGAUCCUUAAUUCAGAGGAUUACAGAUAUGGAAUAUCUGGAGAAGACCACACCCUAACCAUUAAGAAGGCCAGCAAGAAAGAUGAAGGGAUCAUCACCUGUGAGGCGAAAACUGAGCAUGGUCUUGUCAAGUGUCAGUUUGACAUCACUGUCACCCGCAAAGUUUCAACCGCUCCUGCUUUUGUCAUACAACCUAAAUCUCAGAACAUCAAUGAAGGACAGAGUGUCAAGUUUAUCUGUGAGAUCUCUGGAGAGCCCUCUCCAGACGUUGAGUGGCUUAAAGACAACAUUAUGAUCUCUGUGGAUCGCAACAUUAAACUGAGCCGCACCAAAAACACCUACACGCUGGAAAUUCUGAGUGCUGCCAUUACAGAUAGUGGAAAAUACACCAUAACCGCUAAAAAUGUGCACGGGCAGUGCUCUGCUACUGCAUCCCUAAAUGUGCUUGGUGCACCACCCAGAAUUGAAGCUCUUCCCGAUGAUAUCAGCAUUGAGAAAGGGAAGGUCCUCACCGUGGCCUGUGCCUUCUCUGGUGAGCCAAUACCUGAAAUCCAAUGGUCUCGGGGAGGAGAGGUGCUGUCAAGUGAGGAGAAGAGUGGACGGUUCCAUAUUGAGACCACUGAUGACUUGACCACACUUAUUAUCACCAGUGUGAAGGAGAACGACGCUGGCCUGUACACACUAAAGCUGUCCAAUGAGCUUGGCUCAGAUUCGGCCACAGUCAACAUCAGCAUUCGAUCGAUUUAAAAGACUGUGUCCUCCUAGUUUUCAAGUGCCUUACCUCUUUCUUUUCUACUGAUUGUUCCACAAAGCAUAUGGUUUAUUGUUUUUUUUUUUUUUUUUGUAAAUAGGAUCUAUUUUUGUACCUGACUUGACACUAAUUUAUGCCAUACUUAGAGGUUUAGCGUUGUUAUACAGCGCGCCAGACGAAUGAAUCAUUUGACUUGAAUGUGUUUAUAAGCCACUUUUUUUUUUUUUUUACCAAGACAUGUAUAUAAUGUAUAUAGCCGAGAUGAACGGUUAUGGACGCUUUAUACUUGUGUAAUUUGUGACCGUUUUAAAAAUAUUGCAACGUAUGAAACUGACUGGUUGACAGGAGAAAGUUUCCGAAAGGAGACGACUACCCUGGAAAACCUGGAAAGAAACCCUGUGCCUCAACGUGAAGUUGAAGUUUAUAAGAAUGCCUCAGCAGGUAGAGAGGCUCCCUGCUGAAGACUACCAUAACCAAAGAGAUCCUGGGGGGGCAAAGUGCACCCCCACCAAGAUUCAUAAAUUCCGAAUGCGAGGCUUUCAGUGCUGUUUACCAGUACCCUCCAGUAGGCAGCAGGUAAAGGCUCGCCAUUCAAGCGACUGUGUCACCAACCAUGACGUCACAAGACUUUGCUGCCCAGUGCUAGCGGCCUGCACUCGGCAUGCUCAGUUUUUUGUGUGUGUGUGUGCACGGCAUCUGGCCCAGGACCACUCAAGGUGGCUCAAAAAAUGUAACAUCUCCUGGCCAUACCCUCAAUGAAGCUGGCUUGAGUGCUUCUGGGCAGAAGCCGUGCCAUCUCCUGGAGGCUCCCGCGGAUUCACCGCAUGUGUGUUAGUUUGAUAGAUUUAGAAUUGCGCAUCGUCACUUACGAGGGCAGCAAAAAAAUAAAAUAAAUAAGGUUUGCAGAUGUUGGUGUAAGAAUGAUGGAUGACAAACCGUUUGAGUUGAACGUGCCCUGCAGUACGAUUGGAUUUCUUUCACUUAGCAUUUGUGUAGCUCUAAUGUUAUUGAGCCUCCACGGGAUUUGUUAUUUUAUUGUUUUGAAAUAAAGCAUGGUUUCUGCACCAUAAA